GAGUUGGGUAAUUGAACUGAAUUUUGAAAUGGAUGGAAAAAUACCUCCUAACUAGGUUUGUUUCAAAGCCAGAGGUAAAUGGUUCUUUCUUUUUUUUUUUUUUUUGACUUUUAUGAAGUGCCAAUCUGUUGCACUAGCCUGACCUUUAGUGUCUGAAAUUAAAUUUGAGUUGCCAGGCAUUCAACCCCAUGAUGGGCCUGUCCUCCACUUAAUUAUGGUAAAUUGGAACAUGCCGAUAUAGGAGCAUUUUGCAUCCUUCUUCUUUAUUAAUUGUAUGUGCGUUUAAAGAAUGUGAUAUUAACUAGACUGAGUGGUUGUUUUCUUUCUAGAUAAGUUCUUCUGUGCCUGCUAAUAGAGCUGUCAGUUAUUUUAACUUUCCUUUUCUGCACAUUCGGAUAGCGUUACUGUAUUCUGUUUGUGCAGGGUAUGAUAAGGCAAGUAGUUGGUAGGGGUAUGUGUGCAAAUUUUGCAGCACACCACAGGGCUGGGUUAAUGUUAAAUUACUUACAGCUGCUGUUGGUCUUAGUUUAGGGUAACAACUUGAAAGUAAAUGUAACAGUUAACCUGUUUUGCGAGGCAGAGUAUAGAUUCUACCAUGAAAGUGCGGUCACCUACGAACUUUAGAAGGAAUUGAACCGGCUAGAAGUUCAAAAAUGUCACGUUAGAGUACUUUGAUGACAGUCAGCGUUCUCAAGAAUAUAAUAAUAGUAUUUCAUUCAGGAUGCCGUGGUGUGUAAUUUUUAAAAAUUUUGAGUACAGUACCUGUCAGGAAGUCAGUGUCCCCCACCUGCGUCUUUCAGCUUUUGAGUCAUAUUUCAUGAGCUUGGACUCUCUGAGUGGUUGCCUUUUGCACAAAUGUGAAGUGUUAUCUUUUAGUUCCUUUUUGAUGAAUUUUAACUACUAUCCACUGUCAUUGAGUCCAUUCUAACUCAUAACGAGCCCAUAGUACAGAAUAGAACUGCCCCAUAGGGUUUCCGAGGCUGUAGGAAGCAGGCUGCCGUGUGUUUUUCCUGCGCAGUGGCUGGUGGGUUCGAACUGCCAACCUUUUGGUUACCAGCCAAGUGCUUUAACCACGGUGCUGCCAGAGCUCCUAAUUAACUGCUACAAUUAGAUUUUUAUUUUCCUCCUUCCUCCAAGUGUACAUAUAGAGGAACCAAAACCCAGGAGUCCAUUAUUAUAAAUAUCAUAUACCUUAAGUAGAUCUGAAUUCAAUUCCUGGAAAAUACGGAAUUUAAGGUUAUUGUCCCCAAAAUAUAAGAAAAGUUUUGAGUAAACCACAAAAUCUUGUUGGCAUGUGCUUCGCAAAUGAGAUGCUUGGAAAUUUCAUGAACACUGCUGUGUUAUUUUGUGGUUAUUCUUAGGAAUAAAACUUUUGGGUACUUUUUGGUGAUGUGGGAACUCAGGAAUGGGAAUUAAUUUGGGUAGCUUGGAAUUCUCUUUUUUAAAUCUCUUCCUGGUUCUAUAAUUAAGCCCCUCCCUGCUUAUAUAUGACCAUUCUGUUCUUUGAAUUGCUAAUUAACAUGCAUAAUUCUCAACUAAAAACUGUGUUAGAUCUCUGAGCUUGGAGUUAACCCACACUCUCUUUUGCUAUGUUCAGUUGGCAAAGAGUGCUGCACAGAUGUUGGUGCUUUUGUUUAAAUCUCUCUGUGAUCAGCCCUCCAGGAUAUGGGUCUGAAAUAUGUGGUAAAAAGAGACAAAGCGUUUAUCUAUGGGCUUCACUCGUGGGGGCGAAGGGUCCCACAUGGUUGUGGGAGUCAUGGUUUGCUUGGCACAUGGAGAGUAACUGCCUUGGGGAGGCUGAAAUGGAUCAGUUGGUCUUCUGCCAAGGCUUCAUCCUGGUGUGUGAGUGUUUUCCAAGCACAAAGCCAGUGUUUUGCUUAUUCAGCAACCAGGGCACCCUAACAUGUGCCAUUUUACUCAUGACAGUUUGGAAGUCAUGAGUAAGUGACAGGGAGAAGACAGGGCUUUCCUGGGAAGGGAGCAGGCAGGCAUUCCAGGAUCACCAUGGGAGAGGUAGCAGGAGGGACUCUCCGUUUAAAGGCUCAGAGUGGGGAAUACUUAGGGCUUCGUGAAAGAGGGAGAGUCCAGCAUGGUAAAUGAAGGCUGACUUGGUUGUUUAAUGUCAAACCAGCACUUGAUCUUAGGUGAUGGUGUGGAGUAGGCAAAUCUGCCUAUUUAUUGAGCUCUGUUUCUGGUACUAGGCUUGUUUUAGGAACAUGGUGUGUGUGAUUACAUUUAACCCUCACACCAGCUCUGUGAAAGAGGGACAGUUAUUAUCUCUGUUUUACAAAGAAAAUCAAAGCUAAAAGUGAUAAAAGUGAUUGAACUUCAAGGUUGAAUGGGUAGUAAGUAAAAUGGAGUUACUGGUUUCUGUCUAGUCUGUUCUGUUUCAUGGUGACCCCAUGUGUGUCAGUGGAACAAUGCUCCAUAGGAUUUUCAGUGGCUGAUUUUUUGGAAGUAGAUCGCCCGGCCUUUCUUACGAGGCACUUCUGGGUAGACUCAGACAUCUAAACUUUUGAUCCAGCUGCACGCAUUAACCAUUUGUACCACUCAGGGACUCCAAAAUGAAGUUAGGAAACUCUUGAAUAGCCAAGACAUGGAAUAGACUUUCUAAAUAUCUAUAAAGACAUGUUCCGGUGGCUUUGUAGAGGACAUAGGCAACUCCACUUUCAUUGUACCUGCUAAUUUUAGUCUCAGAAAUGAAAGUGUCUAAGUUCCUUAGAGACUUGGUUUUUCUUCGUGCCCAUGUUCUGGGGAGUUCUUAAUAAACCAAAACCUGUUGCUGUUGAGCCGACUCCCACUCAUAGUGACCCUAUAGGACAGAGUAGAGCUGCCCCCAUAGGCUUUCCAAGGAGCGGUUGGUGGAUUCAAACUGCUGACCUUUUGAUUAGCAGCCGAGUUCUUAACCACUAUGCCGCCAGAGCUAAUAUACCCCCCACUCCCUAUGUUUUCAAAGAUUUGGGUAUGUUUUUUCAGUUAGAAUGUGGUAAUUUAUUUGGACAUAAUAUAGGAACAGCAUUCACUCAGCACAUUUUUAUGUACAGAUUGGAAACCCUGGUGGCAUAAUGGUUAAGAGCUAUGGCUGCUAACCAGAAGAUCAGCAGUUCAAAUCUAUCAGGUGCUCAUUGGAAACUCUAGGGGGCAGUUCUCCUCUGUCCUGUAUGGUCGCUAUGAGCUGGAAUUGACUUGACAGCAAUGGGUUUUUUUGUUUUGUUUUUAUGUACAGAUCAGAGCCCUGGUGGCGAAGUGGUUAAGGGCUCAGGCUGCUAACCGAAGGGUCGGCAGUUCAAGUCCACCAGCCACUCCUUGGAAACCCUAUAGGUCAGUUCUUCCUUCCUGUAGGGUCACUAUGAGUCAGAAUCAGCUUGAUGGCACACUACAACAUGUACAGAUCACUUUGCUGAGUCAUGUUGCAGUCCUGGGGUUAUCAUCUGGAUCCUGUUACGGAGAAGCUAAUGGUCUUUGAGAAAUAGAAAUAGGGCCGAAACUCAUAUCAAAGUAGAGGGGCAGUUCAUAAGGUGGGGAGAUGAUACAGGACGUUCACCUUAGCAAUAUAAGCUGAAUCUCUAAAUUACCAUCCAAUCAAUUUGGAAAAAAAAAAAACAACAGCAUGCUUGUCAUGUGUCCAGCAGAGUGCCAGGCCCUGGGGAUACAAAGGUGAACAACUCUGCCCUCAAGAAGAACAUAGUCUAAAAGUUUUCUUAAGGGAGCUGGCAGUCAAGUGUGGGUCUCACCUUAGGUGCUUGUCUUAUGUUGAUGAUGUGGCCAGUCCUUUCUGAAGACAUAUAGGUGUUUGAAUGAAUAAAUGAACGAAGCCAUAAAUGUUUGUUAUCAAGACCUUUUUCAUAAUAACAAUAAUAAUAGUCAUCAGUUAUUAGUGUUCCUAUUACGUCGCUAUGAGUCGGAAUCAACUUGACGGCACUGGGUUUGGUUUUGGUUUAUUAUGUCGGAGGAGUCCCUGGGUGGCAUAAACAGGUAGGUGCUCAACUACCAGCCGAAAGGUUGGUGUUAUGAACCCACACAGAGGCGCCUCAGAAGAUCUGCUUCCAAAAGGUUACUGUCUUAAAAACCCUGUGGAGCAAUUCUACUCCGCACACAUGGGGUUGCCGUGCGUCGGAAUCGACUCCACAGCAGCUAGUACCAACGACUGUGUGCAAACCGUUUACCUACUGUUGUUUAAUGCUCUGUUAUCAUCUGUAAUGCCUGCUGUUAUCGUCAGAGAAAAGAACAGCUCUUUGGCUGCUAACCAAAAGGUCAGCAGUUCAAGCCCAUUAGGAGAAAGAUGUGGUAAUCAGCGUCCAUAAAGAUUACAGCCCUGGAAAUCCUAGGGGGCAGUUCUGUUCUGUCGUAUGGGAUUGCUGUGAGUCAGACCUCAGGGCAGUGGGUUUGGUUUUCUUGUUGACUCCAUCUUAUAGCAGUGAAGUGUUUUGCCCAAGGUCAUACAACCAGUAGAUACUGGACUAGGGAAUCACUGUCGUUUCUGUGGAGUUCCCGUGCGUGCCAGCUAAAGUUCGUCUCUGUGUAUGUCUGCUCUCCGUGUAAGUUUUCGUUUUUGCUCGUGUUCCUUUGGGGAUCUUUGUUUAUACCAAUGACUAAAAGUCAUCAGUCUUUGGUAAAUGCCCCGGAAGUCUGAUCUUGCUCACCAGCUCCCAGUGUUCUAGAAUGCAAGUGCAGUACCUCGCUUACAGUUUGAAAGCUGGAAAACUUAAUUGGAAGUGCUGCUUUAUAAAGUACCUGGUAAACUUAAACCAAAACCCAUUCCGACUCGUUAUCCCCGAGUGAUAGUCUCAGAGAAAAAGCAGACACUAGAAGGAUUUAGCCAAAACCAAGGUUGAUACUGUUCAUUGCUUAAGAUAAAGAAAAUGAGUUUGAGUGUGUCCCUGACCUCUUGUCAAUAGAACGAGGAAAGGCAGACAAGCCUUCCCAGUGAUGCCUCUGUUCCACACAGUAUUCUGGGCUCUGCAGGCCAAGCCUUUGACCAAGGGUGGAGAUGAUUCUGACUUAUAGAGGCCCUAUAGCACAGAGUAGAACUGCUCCAUAGGCUUUCCAAGGAGUGGCUGGUGGAGUUGAACUGCCGACUGUUUGGUUAGCAGCCGUAUCUUUUAACCAUUGCACCACCAGGGCUCUGGAGGUACUUAGGGCAAGUGUUUUCUGGACAUAACCAGCAGAGGUCAGUGAAUGAAGAAUACAUUUGGCUGCAUUAGCAAAGGAAGUAGGAAACUAUGUGCCAGCACGCACGCUGUUUCAAAAGCAAAGUUCAAACCUGUUAGCCAGGUAAUACAUGCUAAUGCUCUUUGCCCUUUAUAAACAUUUUUAGGGUUUAAAAAACAUUUCCACAUCUAUCAUCUAAUAAAAUCCCUGCCAGGUGGCAUUCUUAUUAUCAUUGCCUUUUACAUAUGAACGAACAAGGCUCAGUGAGGCUCAAUGACCUGUCCAAGAUCACCUACUGUUGAGUUGGGCAGUGAAUGCAGGAUCCAGCUAGUUGUUUUGUCUUGCAGGGCCCAUGGAAAAAGAUCUCUGCUAGUUAUUUUUCUUAUCCUUGCUUGAUUUCUACUGCCAGAGAGACAGAGUUUGGGAGAGAGAAGAAAAAGGGUCAGACAGUUCCGCCUGUUCUUCUGAGACCUCUUUUUGGACCUCUCUUUAAAGUCUCUGCCUUUUGUGGUCAAAGACAUUGCUGCCCAGCAGUCCUCCCAGGGCUCAGCAGAAAUGAGAAUGGCCCUUUGGCUUUGCAGUUCCGUCUGGCAUACUUAGUCUGGGACUGUUGACCAACCUGUCUCCACGUGUGAGCUGCCCACAGCCCUGGCUGAAGAACCACGACUUUUCCGUGCAGUUGCUGCAGGGCACUCUGGCUCUCUGCCUUCUGGCCUCCCGGCUGUCCACAGCCCUCUCUUUGCUAGAACUCUGGUUACUUGGGGAAUCACUGAAUGCCAGAGUUGAAGGGACCUCAGCAACAAGGGGCCUAUGAAAGUCGUGAUGGGGGUCUAAUAGUCAUUUGCAGUACUUCAGAAAAAUUAGUAGACAAGUCUGAUAACAUGGUCCACAAUAACUCAUGCCAAACGUCUUUGAUCUUGGCUGAAAUACAUCAGCUUAAUGGUGUAGCAGUGAUGAUCUGCUUAUCAGAUGCUUGGCUUGCCAGUUUUAGAUGCCUAUAAAACUGGGGAAGCCUGGAAUUUGUUUGGUAGAAGAGCCUUCAAGCUUUGUAUUCCUGUGGGAGUAAGUUCAUGAGAGUUGGGGUACCACCUAGUUCAGUCCUUUUGCUUUCGGACAUGGAGACCGAGGCCUAAAGAGGGGUAGGAAAGUAUGGAGGGAUUUGAAUUCAGGUCUCUUUACUUCCAACCCAGGGCUCUUUGCUCUACUCUCUGACAGGGCUAUCAAGGCUGGUUGAAUACCGUGGAGGAGUCUUUUCCAGUGCCCCUCCUGGAAUGUGCUUCCAGGCAGGAGGAGGAGAGAGUAAACAUGAAUUUGGGAACCUGAUCUUACUAGCCCAGUCUGCUGGUGUCAGUCCUGGUCUUACAGACAUGCCUCCCUUAUGUGGGGCUGAGAGGCUUUCAUUAGAAGCCCUUUGUGGUGUUGGGAGUUCAAACAUUACCCAGGCCUUUGCCUUUGUGUCUGUGAGUCAAGGGAGCCUCAGAGAGGUGGUUUCCAUUUACGUAACCUAGUCAUUUUGGGGAGUAGAACUAGAUCUUGACCUUGGGUGUUCCUGCGUGUAUUCUUUAAACAUGAGUAAAUGAUGGGGCUGGAGUUCACUUCUAAGCCUUGGCUUCCUCACUUAAUCAGUAAAUGGGGUUGUUUGGGGUAUUAAGGGAGAUAAAGCAUAUGAGGCAGUCGUCAGGUGACAUCAUCUGCAGGUAAAAUGUAGCGCUACAAAGGUCAGAUUCUCACUCUUCCUCCUGUGGGGCAGAGAAGGAGGAGGGGAGCAGGGGCAGAAGUCCUCUCUCCUGUGGACCAGGGCAAUAUUUGAGUUGAGGAGGCGAUGUUCCCUCUCCUAGUUUAAUGGCAGCCCAGUCGUUUUCUAGUUACUGAACCUUCCUGUGUCUUGGUUUCCUCAUGGGCAUUGUACCUACCUCUUAGAGUUGUGAUGAUUGAGUCAGUACACGUAAAGUGCUGAGAACAGUGCCUGGCAUAGUAAGUGAUGUAUAAAUAGUUGCUCUUAUUAUUGUUGCUGUUUAUUAUUAUUGGACUAGGCCCAUGAAUAUGUGACUGAGAGGAUGAGACUUGGUCAACUCAUUUGAGAAGGGUGGGUGAUGAGGUCACAUGACAAAGCUGGCCACGUAUACUUCAAGGACCUGGGUGGUGUAGGGCAGGUGGGACUAGAAGAUAGAGGGAGGGCACCAUUAAACACUCUGACCAUUGGGGGUAAUGGUCAAAGCCAAUUUGAUGUAAACAGUCUUUAGAGCUGCUGACUACUCACACUGAGUUUGGUAGGUUCCACUUGGUGGGUACCACUCUCUGAAACAAGGGAACAGUGCUACCCCCUCUGAUCCACACCAAGCAGAUGGGCCCUACUGGUGAAAUCCCUCUGUCCAUGCUUCCGGUGUCACUGCCGAUCCUUUCUGCUUGUUUCUACAUACACAUACCCUCCCUUGUGUCCCGUCCAUGGAUGCAUCAAAGGAAUGAUUGUGCCCUCUUUGGUGCAGCUGCGAGGUCAGUGCUGUUGCACUCAAGUGUUUUAGGCUGGGUUCUCUAGAGAAGCAAAACCAGCACAGUGUAUAAAUGUACAUAUAUAUAGAUUUAUAUAAAGGAAAUGGGUCACUCGGGGGUAAUGGAGGUGACUGGAUGGUGCUUGACUACUGGCUGAGAGAUUGACGGUCUAAACCCACCCAGACGUGCCUCGGAAGACAGGCCUGUAGAACAGUUCUGCCCUGUAUACACGGGAAUUGAUUUGACGGCAACCAACAACAGUGGGGUAAUGAGCUGCUUUCUCUGUGUCAUAAUAAAUAUAGGUAUUUGAUUUGGGUCAUUUGUGGGGAGGUACUGGGACAGCACUUAGGCCUCAGCCCUGCCUGGAACCGAGCCUGGCAGCUAUGGUGUAUGUUUUACUGAUUACAGCUUGGAGCACUGAGACCACAAGGAAUUCUGUUUUGGUUUGGAGGCAGGAUCCUUAAAGCAAAAACAAUCUCUCCCUGAAUGUGCAUUUCUGCGUGCCUUAUAGUUUCUUUUCAUUGUCAGUAAAAUGAGUUUUAAUUAUUUGUUGGGCAGGGCUAGAUCCAGUCAGGAGGCACUUGGCUCCGCCAGGUCUUAACAGGAUCCUGGCGUUCACGGUUGGCUCUUUCUGGCCCAGAGCACCAUCUGAGCAGCCUGGUGUGGCGCUGUUUUGUGGUCAGUUACAGAAGAACUGGGUUUCAGUGCUGACUGAGGCUAUGGUAUAAUUUCCCAAAAAGAACUGGAAUAUAUGUUCCUUUGAUAAGACAGCACACAAUUUAGCUGCCCAGAAGCUAGGAAAACAAAGUCAGAACCUCAUGCGCCAAGGGGUAAAGCCCCCCAAACGACUGCAUUUUGGUACCAACUAUUACAGAAAGUGGAGUUGCAAAAUCCUUUGGGGCCAUCCAUUUCCAGAUGUGCUUUGGAUGAAAGAAAGUAUAAACUCUUCCAGGCUCUUUCCAUUAUUAAUAAAGUCUGGAUUCUGUCCAUUUGUGUAGCAUUGUGCCCAGGGGUUAGGGCAGGGAUGGCCACGUUCCAGUGCCUAGCGUAGUGCCUGGCACACAGUGGACAAUAUUAAGUGUGAUGACUGUAUUACUACAUAAUAAACUCCACAGAGCUAAAAAAGGCCUUGGAGACCAUCUAGUCUAACUCCUCCUUUCUGAGGAUGAGGAAGCUGGUGACCAGAAAACACAAGUCUCUUAGCCUGGGUUCUCUAGAGAAGCAAAAUCAGUGUAGCAUUUAAAUACAUAUAGAGGGAGAUUUGUAUAAAGGAAAUGGCUCACGCAGUUGUAGAGACUGGAAAAUCCCCAGUUUGUGGGUCAGGCUGGAGACUUCUCCUGACUCAUGUAGCUGCAAGUGCUAGCAAAUCCAAGAUCAGAAGGUCAGAUAGGAGGCCUUUAGCUCACAGGCUGUGGAGGCCCAUGAGCCUCAAGAUUGGCAGGUAACACGGCAGGUAAGCUGCAGGCUCAAGUCCCAAGAUCCGGAGGUCAGAUGAACAGGAGUCAGCCGCAGAAUGCAGAGAGCGAAAGCCAGCGAGCCUUGCCAAAAAGUCUAACUAUAUUGGAUGCAGGCCACACCCCUGAGGAAACUGUUUCAACUGAUUGGCUGCUCACAGCAGAUCUCAUGGAGGUGAAUACAUCAUUAAAAAGCUGCCAAACUACAUCAUAACUGUGAAACCACUGAGAAUCAUGGCCCAGCAAAGUUGACACACAACCUUAACCAUCACACCAAGUGUGCUAGGCUUUUUGUUGUAACAAACUCCCUCUAAAAAAAAAAAGGGAUGAAGCAAAGUGGAUACUUAUUGGAAGGACCUAUAGUGGUAAAUAUGGUAGAACAUGAGAGACAAGAGUGAUAGGAAAUGGGGGUAUUCUCUGUGACUCUUGAGACCAUUUGGCGUUUUGUGUGUGUGUGUGUGUGUGUGUGUGCCUUUAGUUUUCGUGGUUAUCGGGGCCUGGCCUUUUCUGCUUUUGGGGACGAGUGACAGAGAAUGGCAGCCCAGCCCUCCAUGACCCGUCAGCUCCGGUGCCCCAUACCAACUGGAAUCUCUGUGCCUGAUUCAAACACCUGGGAGGGAGGAUCAGGUUGGAGAUCACCUCUGGUCCAAUAAACUUUGGCCAGGAUGAUGGCUGAGUCCUGCUCUUCAACAGAGACUGGGGAUGAUGGUUGUUCUCAAGGGUAGGAGGAUAAGGAAGCUCCCUCUGUGUGUACCCAGGUCAUAGCAAAGCUGGGACUAGGUCCUGGGUCUUUUGGCUUCAUCAUCUUCGGUUUUCAUCAACUUGAAAGCCAAAUGGAGAUGGUCAUACCUCACAGGGUUAUUGGGACAGCCAGUAGGUAAGAUAAAGCAGGUAAAUGCCUGGCAUUCGGUAGCAGUUGGUAGAUGGUUGUUUCUCUGCCUUUCUCUCUGGAAAUCUCACCUCUCUUUGGCCUCUCCGCUUCGUAUUCAGUUGGGACGCUUCACAGAGCUGUGGUGAGAGCACCAUGCCGCCUAGUUUUAGCUUCCCUGAUGUGGUCAAGACAGACCAACAUCCCACUCAGGUUGUGGACAGAGAAGAAAUACCCCAGUACCAUGUACAUCUCAACUGAUGACAGGGUGCUUUUUGAGUGAUCUUUCCAUAGAUUUACCCAGGAUGGAUUGAGAAGUAGACAGCGCAGCUAGGCCCUGUUUGGGAACAUUUCUGGUUUGAUUAACUUUCCUCCAGGGUUAAAUAACAGGUUGCUUAAAGUUCUGAUGAGGGCUCACACGGUUCCUCCCAUCAGACAGCUUCUUCACUGUCCAAUUACAGGCAAAAUAAAAUUUGAGAGUCUUCAUUGUUUUGAAAUGUGGAGAGUUGUAUGUUUCAUUAAUCUUUUUUUUUAUGAAACCCACUUCAUUUUCUCUGUAAUGUUUAUUCGCAUUAAUGGCGUUUACAUAAAAUCAGAUACUCCUUCUUCCCACAAAGUGCAAAUCAAAAUAAGUGUUUGCCGCUGGCCCAGCAGCUGCUGCUGCUUUAAUAAUAGUAAUAUUUUUCAUAGCGAUGCAGGUGAAGGGACUGCCUCCCAGUAAAUGAAAUGGUGCCAAGUCAGACAACGCUGUCACUGUCCCAAGACUUCCUCAGCAUUUUGUGUCUGAGAGUUUGAACAGAUUCAGAAUCAGCACUACGAUUAAGCACCCCCUCUAUGCUGGGCACUGUGCUGGGUGCUCUACACACAUCAUCUCACUUAAUUUAAUCUUCCCAACAGCUCUGUGGGGUAGGCGCUGUUCCCCCUUUUCACAGGUGAUGAUCAAGGCUGAGAGGAUUCAGCCCCAUCCACGCACUUUCCACCUGAGACUUGUCUUCAGGAAAACAUGCUUUAUAUUGUGGGUGAAAGGCUGAUGAGAUGGGAGAGUGAGGAAGUAGGUUCUACUGACACAUGAGAUACUUAGGUUAAAGUUGAGAAAGAACUUCCUGGCAGGGUAUGGCCAUGGAGGCGUCAUUUUUUCCUCCGAUUUCAGGAUUAUUUUGGCAUCGAUAGGCUAAUGAACUACCUUAUGCUCUCCCUCAUGCUCGUGUAUGUCUUCACUUUUAACAGACUGUAAAUAUCCUGAGGGCCAGAGGACCCCCCGCACCCCUCCCCCUCCCCCCACUUUUCUUUUACCUGAGUGGUACUCAGAUAUUUGACUAAAAUUAUGAAGAUAAUAGUGACAUUACAUUUGAUUUACAAUUCUUCAGGGCAGGACCUGGUAAGUCUUUUCCAAAUAACGUUAAGUCUACCUCUCUGGACUUUAGUUCCAUGCCUACCGAUCGCACAGAGCAGUUGGAAAAAUGGACAGUUAUUGUAUUUCCUGAAGGUUGUGCCGUAGAUUCAUGACAGACCUGGAUGCUAAGCCAGAUCCUUGGUCUGUCCUUUUGGUGCCUGCAACUCAGUCUUUCACUGGGUGAAUGGUAAUCACUGACAGUGAUAGUUCCAACUUUUUUGCAUGCCAGCUCUGUACUGAGUGCUUUUAGUGUGCUGUUGCUGACCCUCAUGUCACCCAGCUAGCCCAUGAGGGAGACAGGGAGCAAGCCUAGGUCUGUCAGGCUCCACAGCCCAUGCCCUUCCCCUCUGCCACCCUGCCUUGCUUUGUUAGUGAUUUAGCUACAAAGUGCAAGUAAAUGGGAGCUUGGUUAGUGUUUACCUUCUUAGUGGAAAUACACACACGCGCACACGUACACAUACAAACAGGACACACGGCUGCCAGUGGAAAAGGAGAGCAGGUUUCCCUCCUGAUUGGUUUCCUUUGAAUGGGAGACAUUUAAAUUUAAAUAGUUUACACCAAUCAUCGGGGUAGCCAGGUCUUGAGGUAUCAGAGAGAAUUGGUAUUUUCAGAAAGGGAUGACCUCUCUCAUUUUUCUUUGUGGAUGGCAAGCAGUGAAUCAUAUGACUCUGUGAGUAGUUGUGCCCCAGGCUCACCUUCCACCAUUUUUAUACUCUGGUAUAACCUUUUACAGAGUGCCUUCAUAUGUAUUGUCUCAUCCACACAACACCCUUUUGGGCAAGAAAGCCACCAUUUCCUCAUUUGACAGAUGAGGAAAGAGGCUCAAAAAGUUAAAAAGAUUUGUCAACAGUCACAGGACUGAAAAGUAGCAUGCUGAAAGGCUCAAAAUCAAUUUUGUCUCCCAGUCUCAUGGUCCCCACUCUUCCCUCCCACAGCUCACCUUCUGAAAGAGACAGCCCUACAUAAAAAACAUGGCAGCCCUUAAAUGGAGCACUGGUGCCAUGUGGUUAAGAGCUACAGCUGUUAACCAAAAGGUUGGCUGUUCAAAUCCACCAUCUCCUCCUUGGAAACCCUAUGGGGCAGCUCUACUCUGUCCUGUAGGGUCACUAUGAGUCGGAAUUGACUUGAUGGCAACAAGUUUGGUUUGGUUUUGUAACUUAAAGACCUUUAAUAAUAAUAAUGACGUUAUUAUUAUUGGCUAAUUUUGUAAUACUUUGCAUUAUUAGAUCGCCCCCACCAAACACACAUAAAACCUUUUGUAGUCCUUUUUUUUUUUUCUUAGUAACUCAGUUAUCCAAGUGGCUUUUUACUAUGGGCAUGUUUCUUGUUUGUUCUUAAAUUUUUACACGUGCAAAAGUACAGAGACUAGCGUGCAUCUCCACGUAUUAUCACUCAGCUUCAACAGUUACCUGCUUUUGGCCAACCUUGUUUUCAUCUGUCUGCCCCACCGCCUCACACUUAUUUUUUUGAAGCAAUCCCAGAUAUUGUUUCAUUUCAUCCAUAACUAUUUUAGUAUAUAUCUAAAAGAUAAGGAUUUGGGGGGUGGGGAACUAAACCACAAUACCAUUGUCACACCUGAAAAACUCUGAAAAGGGAGAAUGUGCAGAAGACCAGACUUGGAGUCCAGCCCCUAUCCAGGGGCACCUGGCCACAGAUGUCUUUCCGUCUCGCAGUUGCUGCCUGUCUUAGUUAUCUAGUGCUGCUAUAACAGAAAUACUGCAAGUGGAUGGCCUUAACAAAGAGAAGUUUUUUUCUCACAGUCUGGGAGGCUAGAACUCUGAAUUCAGGGUGGAGUGGGUUAGCUCCAGGGGAAGGCAUUCUCUCUCUGUCAGCUCUGGGGAAAGGUCGUUGUUAUCAGUGCUCUUCAGUCGAGGAGCUUCUCAGUGCAGGGACCCUGGGUCCAAAGAACGUGCUGUUCUCCUUGCUCUUAUUUCUUGGUGGUAUGAGGUCCCCCUGUGUCUCUUCUCACCUCUCUCAUUUAUACCUCAAAAGAGAUUGGCUUUAGACAAAAUCUAAUCUUGCAGAUUGAGUCCUGCUUCAUUAACAUAAGUGCCACUAAUCACACCUCAGGAACAUCAUAGAGGCAGGAUUUACAACACGUAGGAAAAUCGUAUCACAGAAUGGUGAACAAUCAUGGCCAUAGCAAAGUUGACAGACAUUUUGGAGGGAAACAGUCAAUCCAUUGCACCGCUUGCACAUUUUCAUUUCCAUUUAUUAUCUCCAUCUGGACAUUUCAUCUAAGAAACUCCUUUGGAUUAAUAAAUCUCUUUCUAGACCCAACAGUACUGCCGCACCAUUCACGCAUGCUUGUGAAUUAGUUAAUUGGAUUGUUUGCCACUUAACACUUGACUGAGAAAUAGGGAAGGUGUUUUGGGUUGGGGGUUCCUUUAGAAGUCCGGUGGGGUGGAUAGAGAACCAGGGUAGGAACCUUGGGAGCAGUAACUUGAAGGAAGGAGAAGAGGAGAAGGUACCAAAAGCAACUUUAAGUUGACUUUCCUGAGAGUUGGAACAUUGUUUUCUAAAGGCCACGUUUAUGUUUCAGAUCUUGGCUUUGAGCUGGCCCUUGGCCAGAGAGCCCCAUUGCUUUGCCAUGUGACUUUGUCACAUUAUGGGCUUGUAAGGGGGUUUUCCUAGACUAACCUGGGAACCCCAACCACUGUUAUUUUUGUGGGAUGGUGCCUAUUCAGUUCCAGAGAUUUUUAGAAUCUGCCCAUUCUUAAGUCUGAGAUUGCUUCUGAAUAUGUUGGGCCUCUACUUCCCUAGCGGAUCCCAGCAGCAGUUUAGUGGAGCAUUCUUCCUAGUGAGAUUUCAGCUUGGAAUCGAAUUUAAGACAAGGUUGACUCUUGGCAGAAUGUGCUGGGUUCCAUGCUGAAUUCGUUAUGAGUAGCAUCUUGUGAUAUCCUCACAGCAUCUGGAAAGUAAAUAGUAUUUAUUAACUUCAUUUUACAGAUGAGGAAACUGAGUUAGAUAGAUGAAGUAACUUGACCAAGGUAUGCAGUCAGUGGGGAAGCUAGAGUUUUCCUCUCUAAAUCCCAUGGUCUUUCCAUGAUUAGUGUAAUUCUUGCCUACUUUGUACCUUUCUUCAGCCUCCUUGCACCUUUAAGCCUUCUUGCUUCCUCUUAGGACCCCUGGGUAUUCUCCCUAUUCCACCGUACAGUGAAUUCCUGGCUCAGGAUCUGUAUCUUCCUUACCAGCUAACGCUACUGGGAGAAGUGCUCUCAGGUGGUUCACUCAAAGUAGUAAUGCCUGUUAAAGCAAUACUGUUGCUCACUUUUCCCAGAGCCAUUGGUAUAUCCAACAGGGCUUGAUGCCCUGACCGAGUAGAAUUUUCAGGCAUUCUGGGGAGGCAGUUGGCAGGUAGUUUUAGGUGUUGGCCGUGGGGUUUUCCUCACACCUUACAGUGUAGCCGGCUGUCUCUCCCCAUGUCACAGAGCAGUGAGUCCUUGGAAAUCAUUGUCUCUUAGUUUGAAUCUCUGGUUUCUACCUGUUCUAGGUAAAGUUUAGUUUGUAAAAAAAAAAAAGUUUAGUAAAGCACAAAGAAAAUUUUAUCCGGCGUAUGUUCAAAGAGGCAAAAGUGGGAAACAAACAAACCUGUUGCUAGAGCCAUGUCUGCCUGAGUCCAAAGAAUGUCACAGAAUAGGCAAGAAUGGGAAAGCAGACAAGCAUGCUGCCACAGCCAUGUCUGCCCCAGUCCAAGUCAUCAGUAUACGUUAACAUUACAAAUGGGCGAAACCAUUGAAAUGUUACCUUUUCACAGGUUGGCUAGAAACUGAUCCUGCAUUUUGAGUUGUCUUUCUUAAUAAUCAUUGGUGCAGGUUUCAGUAACACAGUGAGGAGGGUCUUCAUUUAUCCAACAAAUUUUACUACUCACUAAAUGCUAAUAGAAAAAGGUAAGAGUGGAAAGCCUGUGGGUCUUUACCGCUGUUUUAUGGUUUAUGUGUGAAAGAUUCUCUAAAAGAUGUUUUCUAAGAUCCUCUUAGCUAUUGUCUUUCUACUUCAGAGCCCAAUUGAUGUGUCCUUGUGAGUCCUUAUGAGUCUAUUUCCAGCUGGGUCACGUUCGAGGACAGGGAAUAAUGGCUCCAAUAUUAUCUCCUAAAUCAUACCUUGUAAACAAACAAAUAAGUACUUGUCCUAUUUCCCUUCUUGGUGUCAGCACUCUCCUGAAGACCGUUAGUAAACCACUGGUGACUGAACCCUGGUCACCUGGUAUGUGUCUGGCAUUGGGCUGGGCAUGUAAUUAAAAGACAUUUUGUCAUUUAAUCUUUGCAUCAUUGUCAUGAGGUGGAUUCUCUGGUCUUCCUUUUACACAUGUGGAGACAGAAACUCAGGGUGCCUGCCAAGCUCUUGACAUACAUUAUGUCAUUUAAACCUGUGAUGUAAAUAAUAAUUGAAUUUUUAGACCAGAAGCCCUGGGGGUGCAAAUGAUUAAGUGCUAGGCUGCUAACUGAAGGGUUGGUGGUUUGAAUCUACCCAGUGGUUCCGUGGGAGAAAGACCUGGCUAUCUACUUUCAUAGAGAUUAUAACCAAGAAAACCCUAUGGGGGCAGUUCACAUGGUUGCUGUGAGUUGAAAAUGACUUGAUGGCACCUAGCAACAACUACAUGAGGUAGGUUCUCUGGUCCUCGUUUUACAGAUGUGGAAACAGAGACUCAGAGAGACGUCUGCUAAGCUGUUGACAUGUAUUAUGUCAUUCAAACCUGUGAUGUAAGUAAUAUUUGAAUUUUCAGACCAGGAAGCUGACACUUGGCAAUGGAUAGUUUGCUGGCUCGGGUUAUACAGCUAAAGGGAAAGGACCAAAACUCAGACUAAUAUCUUUUGGACUCUCAAGUCUCUAAGUUUCUGCUCGUAACCCCUGUGUUAGCUUUUCUUACCCGAUCCCACGCCUGGACACAGGCUGAACCUGAGCUGCACCGUCAAGCCUACUCAUGUGCUAGGCCCUAUGGGGACUUCCCUUGGGCUUAUGGAGAAGAGUGUGAGUAAUCAACAAGAGUUUGACAUUGUGACACUUCAGCCAUAUAUUCAUUGUGGAAAUCAGGUGGCCUUCCUGGUGCCCUGCCCCCACGCAGGCAUGCUCUGUGUGGCGGAUGUGCUUCCCCCUAGAGCUGUUGGGUGGGAGUUUAGUGUGACUUCACCUUGUGCAUCGUGUUACUUGACUUGAGUGGCUUAGUUUGAUCUGUUAGCUCCUCUACAGCCACAUGGCAUUACUUAAUCACGCUGUAUAUUGGUUGAACACUCCCCCCCCCCAAAAAAAAAAAAACCCUAGUAUUUUAUACUGUGAAGCCUUCUGGAAAUCCAUUGCAAUGACUGAGCAGAUUAAGAAGCAUUCAGGAUUCCUCAUAGAAUUAUAAGACUCAGCAUUUCUCUCCUAGGUAUAUACCCUAAGGACUCGAAAGCGGUAUGCAGACAGAUACGUGUACACCAGUGUUCAUUGCAGUGCGAGUCACAAUAGGUAGAAGAUGGAAACAACCCAAGCGUCCCUCAACGGAUGAAUGGAUAUAAAUAAAAUGUAGUAUAUGCAUACAAUAGAAUAUUAUUCUGCUGUAAAAAGAAUGAAGUACUGAUGCAGUCUAUGCGUGGAUGAACCUUGAAAACAUGCUAGGUGAAAUAAGAUGCAAAAGGAUAAAUAUUGUAUGAUCUCACUUACAUGAAAUGUCUAGAAUAAAAAAAUAGGCAACCAUUAAUUAGUGCUUAACAGGGGUGGAAGGAGAGAAUGGGAAGUUAUUACUUAAGGGGUAUGCAGAGAUUCUGUUUAGGGAGAUGAACGUCAUUGGGAAAUGCAUAGUGGUGAUAGUGAAUGUAAUUAAUGUCACUGAAUUAUACACUUAAAAAAUGUUAUAGCAAAUGUUUUAUAUAAAUUUUAUACAGAAAGCAUGCGAGAGCCAUUAAAGCUACAGUUUACUGAGUUUCCCUCUGGAGUCUGGUAUUGUGCUCAAUUCCUUAUGUAAAUAUUUUAAUCCUAAAAUUGCUCACAGAUCAAUAAAUGCCCCAAUCAUCCACCUCUGGUGAGCUAAGUUUCAAACCUAUUCUACCCCUUGAUGCCACGCCACUGCCUUAGGCCUUAUAGCCUGUUAAAAACAUAGGACAUUGGGAUGAAACAUUUUUAAUACAUAAUUUAAAAAUAUAUAUAUUCAUUUUAUGCACUGGAUAUUUCAUUUAUGUUCCUGAACCUUUUUCCCAGAAAGGUUGUAGGAUGAAGGAGGUUAGAAGAAUUUGCUCCGUACCCAGUGUAAAUUGUUACCCAGGAUGAAUUAAUUUGUGUUUAUUUCUGAAGCGGCAGUGGUUGCUACCUGAGGGCCUAACCUCGUUUGUCUCUCUUGUAGGAUAAAAUGGUAUGUUAGUCUGUCUGCUCCCUAUCUGAAAAGACACGGUCAAUUUUCAUUCCCUAGGAAGUUCCCAUUUGCCUUGCAGACAGCCAUUCUUGUCCAUGACUGUGUGGUAUCUUUGGAAAACAGUGGAUUAUUGGAGGUCAUUCCCUUCUCCAGCUAUUGCUCUUAGCCUUUUCUGUAUGUGGAAACUGUGUUGGGAUGUUGGUUCAGAUCUGUUACAUUACAACUUUGAAGACAGGGACUCUGUCUUACUCACCUUUUUAUCUCCAAAGACUGGGACUCAGUAAAAUGAGCCCGCUUUGAGUGAACAAAUGAAAACACAUGCACACAUGCAGUGGGAAGCCUUGAAGAGUUCGACAAGGCCGACCAGGCUCUGUGUAUGGUAGAAUUAAGGAUAAGGACAGCUUGGGACUCUGGAAUUGCCUAUAGGACCUACUGAGGGGCCUGGGGAGGAGAGCUGGGAAAGACCCUGAAGACAGAGAAGAGGGAGGAAUUUUAGUGUUUAUAAAAUUUCGAGGGAAAUGAUGUUCCAGAGCCAGAAGGAGCCUUAGAAAUCAUGGAGAUCAUCCACCUAAUUUUCCAGACCGCUGCGGUUUCCCAUCUACCUUGAUUUUACAGUCGCAGCCCACCGACCUUCAGGGCACAAAAGCAGGCGGAUCUCUUUAAACUAGUGCUUCUAUUGAUUUAAACACUUAACAGUCAUUGGUGGUGUAUCUUACGUUUCAAGUAAUUGAUUUUGUUUUGUAUUUGAUGAUUUUGUCAUGUAGAAAGCAAUUUUUAAAUUUCUAGAGAGCAGUUAAUAGAAUACUGUCUUCCUGUGGAAGAAAAUUGCCAGUGAUGAGCCUUGUGAUACCCGUGCUCACCGUAUCUGUUUCUUCCUCUUCCUGACUUCCCCAUUCUUAGUUACUACAUGUUUCCCUCCAGGUCCCCUUGACCUAUUCAAGAAUACUUCCAAAUUUGCAGACUCUUACCACUUUCUUUCCACAAAGACCUAAAUUAUUUGUCCAUGCCUUAUUCACAACAUGGUCUUUCAAUAACUGAAAAAUUCCCAGCAUUUUCCAUUUGCCUAGAACCUUAGAGUUUACAGAAACCCACUGCCACCCGUGUGUGCUGGUAGAACUGGGCUCCAUAGGGCUUUCAGUGACAGGUUUUCUGGAAGUCGGUCACCAGAUCUUUCAUCUGAGGCGUCUCUGGGUGGAGUCAAACCUUCAGUUUUUUGCUUAGCAGCCAAGUGCAUUAACUGUUUGCAUGCCCAUAGUUUACAAAGGAUGAAGGAUUCCUUCCACACCUGGCAUAAAUUGUGGAUGUUGUCUUAUUCUGUGGUGUAGGAUGAAGAACAGUGUUGUCUCAGAGAAGUAACUUGCUAAAAAUCUCACAGAGUGCUGCUUACCUGUUUAAGUCCAGAUACGAUGACUCACAUGCCCAUAGCUUUUUGCAUGACAAAGACCAUACUUUUCCUUUGAAAGUCUCCCUGAUAAGAAAGCCCAGUUGCUUUAUCUGUAUUUGUUAAGCUUACCUAGAAUUCCUUUACCUUGAGAGUUCAUUUCCCACUCUCCUCACAUACCAUCCUGAUCACUAAAAUUGCUUAGGUGUGGCAAUUGGUGCUCGUUAGUACUCAGGGUUUUUUGUUAUUCUGCUCCCAUCCUGACUUUGAUUAUAGGAUCUCCUGGGGUCCUGAGACCCUUGCAGGGGGUCUCUGAGGUCAAAAUCAUUUUCAUAAUAAUACCAACAUGUUACUUACUCUUUUCACUCUUACUGCCUCCUAAAAGUAUAGUGGAGUUUUCCAGAGAUUGUAGGUUGUGUGUAAUGGUGUCAUCCUGUGACAGCUAAUUAAAUAUAUGUUGAGUUUGAAGUUUUUCUGCGAUAAUUUCUAUUGCUACAUUUUACAGUAACAAAACAAACCUCUUUGGGAUCCUUCAAUUUUUUAACAGCAAAAGAGGACCUGUGACCAAAAAGGUUGAGAUGCAUUGCUCUCUUGGGCAGAUCCCUCACCAGCAGGCUGCUCUGGGUCACUGGCCAGCCAGUGGAGAGGCCUCUCGUGUGUCAUUGUCUGCCCUGGGCCAAGGUACCUGCCUGGGUGAAGAGCAGUCAGGCUGUUUCUCUGAGCAAGGGGACAUUGGACAUGUCAAACACCCUGACUUACAUGUCCACUACAAGCUGCCAAGCCUGUUCCAGUUCCUAUACACCAAGGGACCUUUUAUUUCUGGAGCUGUAAUGGUUUCAGCUUGUCUUUCUGGAGACACAGCAUCUUUUUUGUGAUACAUGUAAUUGCGGUUAGCACACAAAGGAUUUGAAGACAAAAGAGCUAGGGUUUAUAACAAAGUAGGGUCUCUUCUGGCAGCUGUUAGCAAGGGUGGCUUUCAGCAUGAAAAUAAAUUCAGAAUUGAGAAAUUAGCAAUUUUCUUCAGAAAUUCAGCAGUACAGCCUUGAGAUGAAGUGUCAGACAUGCAGAUGUUUCUGGUGGUUUUCGUUAUAGAACUUCAGAAUUCGUCUGUUGCGUGACUCGAUCCCUGGUCUGUACGGUUAGAUAUCAAAACCACCGUCAUGCUCUUCCACGCCCUCUUCCCUUUUGCUCCUGCCUGUAGAUGGUCUAACAUGAGACUCUUCCUUCUGGUUGGAGAUUCUUCCUUUCUCUGACAAAUACUGGAGAUGUAGACCACGGAGGAGGGCAGUGCUUCAUGCCUGUCUUCAUCCAGUAAAAUGAGGGGAUGGGACAGCAUCUCUGCGAAGCCCGUCCUGUCUCUGAUAGCCCAUGAUGCUUCUUAGUGAAGCCUUUGAGAAUGCCCAGACCAGCACCCUGGACAAGCAUCGAGGCACUCAGCACCUUCCAUUUUUGUUUCUGGUUUACAGGCCUGUUUUUUCCACUAGACUAAAAAAUGUGAUAACUGUGUCUUGCUGGUUUUUCUACGCCGUUUACCCAGUUCCCGCUUAAUGAGCAUAUGUGGCUCAUUAAAUAUUUGUUGAAUGAACAUAUCGGUUAUUAAGUUGCCUUUUUCUCCAAGGUGGGGUCAGCCUGAAACUAGAGGAGCCCCUUCAAAGUGAUGUAUUUAUUCAAUUUUGGGGGCCUUAGAGAGGGAGACCUGACCUGUUAGUAGCAAGACUCCACCUCCCUCCCCUCUCUAGUCCCAGGCAAUUCUGCUUAGGCCCCAAACUUGCAUACCACACUCAGCCAGACAAGGGCUCUUCAGGUGACUGAAUUCAUCUUUCUUGCAGGGCAGUUUUGUGAUGUAUGUUGUUAAUCUGUCUUGCCUCACUGAAUGCUUGUUGUUUUACACUGAGAAGUUACCACCAUAUUCCUCUCAGGGAGAAUUAAAAAAAAAACAACUCAAAAUCUGUUGCUGGCGAGUUGAUUCUGACUCAUAGCAAUCAUAUAGGACACAGUAGAACUGCCCCCAUAGGGUUUCCAAGGCUUGUAAUCUUUACAGAAGCAAACUGCCACAUCUCUAUCCUACGGGGUGGCUGGAGGGUUUGAACCGCUGACCUUUUGGCUAGCAGCUGAGUGCUUUAACCGCUACAUUACCAGGGCUCCUUUCAGGGAGAAUACUUUUGCUGUAUAUUUGUCUCCACCCAGUUACUCUACAAGUAGUAUAUCUUAAUGCUCCGUUUAUAUUUGUGCCCUGAGCACUGGCCUGGCUGGCUUACCCCUUGUUUUGGGUCAGUUCCUAGCAGUUACAGCAGGGUGCCAUACGCAUGGUAGUGUGUGUGUUCAUUUCUCUUUACCUGAGUUUCUUAGGGCAAGGCCUGUGCCUUGUGACUCCCAGCCCACUACCAGUCAUACAAACAGUUGGAUGACAGCACAGAUCUGGAGUCAAUGGAAGUGCAUAUAUGUUGUUUGAAAGCACUGGCUGGCCCCAGGCUUUUCUUAAUAGUACAUUAUACUGGAAAGUUGACCUCAUUAGCUGCGUGGCACCUUGGGGAGACCUUGACCUGGAAGAGAAGAGGUAGGGGGCACAGGAAGGAGAUCUGCAGUGGCUCUCAUUUCUGGAUGAUUCGAGUAGGGAGGGAACAGGACCUGAGCCUUUUCCAUAGUAUUUGGAGAGGGGGAAAGGAUGUUUUUGCAUUUCUAUAGUUCUUUCCCUUCAUGAGGACUUCUCCCUCUCUCCUUUCCUUUCGCCUUGUCUAUUGUCAUUAUUAACUGGUGGAUAAACUCUAGGAAGUGCACAGAGUUAAGUAGCUAUGGUGUAAGUGGUAGCAGUGGGACUUAAGCCUUCCUCUCCUGACCCCCGUGCUUGGUUCUCUUUCUGUUACCCCCAGGACGGAAAGCCAGUAUGGUGACGCCUGCCAUGGUGCACCCCAGUGUGAGGAGCGCCCAGCUGGGGAGCAGGGGAUGCCUGACUCUGCAGUCAUUUCCCUGGAGCUGGCCUUGUUGGUGCUGUAUGCUUCGUCACUGGUGGCUCCUUGUGUGGGUUAUUUUUCCAGAAGAGUUUAACUCUGUUACUCUUUAUUUGUUUUUAUAAGAGCCAAUGAUUUCAUAUUAGACACAUUGUGUUUUUUCUGUUCUGUUGCCAAAUUGUGAAUUUUUUAAACAGACAAACCGUGCAUUUUGUUUUUGCUUGCAGUGAUUAUAAAAAAACUCAUCAUGUUUGAUAACAUUUUUCAUGUCCUCACAGUAAGAGUGAAGGUCCCCAUAAUAGUCCAUUUAUUGCAUUAUUAAUUGUUAGUUGAGCACUGUUUAAUUAUCAAUGUUUUAUUGAAGCUGGCUUGGACAACAGAAGUAAGCAGAUUGGAAAGAGAUCACUUUGUGCCUAUGGCUGGACCAAAGCCAGCAGUACAGUGUUAGCUGCGAGCUCAGCAACAUCUCUAGGAGUCAGGUGUAGCUCAGUGUUUGCUGGAUUCCCCCCAGCAUUGCCCACCCCUCCCCCCCCAUUAUUUAAUGGUAGGACACGAGUCUUCUGCCUCCAACUGGAGCUGUUUGGUGAAGAAAUAACCCAAAAAACCAAACCCAUUGCUGUCUUUCCAUCCCGACUCAUAGUGACCCCGUAGGACAGAGCAGAACUGCCCCAUAGGGUUUCCAAGGCUGUGGUCUUUAUGGAAGCAGACUGCCCCAUCAUCAGCUGGUGGGUUCGAACCACCAACCUUCUGAUUAGUAGCUGAGUACUUAACUACUGCGCUACCUGGGCUCCUUGGUGGAGAAAUAGUUCCUCUUAAAUGUUCUGUGGUGGUUUCAUUUGAGGUUUAGCAUUCUAGCUGUUCUGCUGGGUUAAAAGUCUGAUUUUGGUGUAGAGUAAAAUCCUUUUUGGUUCACUAUCAUCUUCUACUGAGGCUGCAAGUGAGUACAUUUUUUUGUUUGAUGACUGAUAGAGAAAUGUUGUUGUUAGGUGCCCUCCAGUUGGUUCCGACCCUGUGCACAAUAGAAUGAAACACUGCCUGCUCCUGCGCCAUUCUCACAGUUGUUGCUGUGCUUGAGCUCAUUGUUGUAGCCACUGUGUCAAUCCAUCCAAUUGAGGGUCUUCCUCUUUUCCAUUGACCCCGUACUUUACCAAGUAUGAUGUCUUUCUUUAGGGACUGAUCCCUCCUGACAACAUGUCCAAAGUAUGUGAGAUGCAGUCUCGCCAUCCUUGCUUCCAAGGAGCAUUCUGGUUGUACUUUUUCCAAGACAGAUUUGUUUGUUCUUUAGGCAGUCCAUGGUAUAUUCAGUAUCCUUUGCCAACACCAUAAUUUAAAGGCGUCUAUUCUUCUUCGGUCUCACUUAUUCACUGUCCAACUUUUGCAUGCAUAGGAGAUGAUUGAAAACACUGUGACUUGGGUCAGGCGUACCUUAUUCUUCAAGGUGACAUCUUUGCUAUUCAACACUUUAAAGAGAUUUCUUGCAGCCGAUUUGCUCAGUGGUAUGCGUCUUUGAUUUCUUGACUGCUGCUUCCAUGGGUGUUGAUUGUGGAUCCAAGUAAAACGAAAUCCUGGACAACCUCAGUCCUCUCUCCAUUUAUCAUUAUGUUGCUUAUUGGUCCCAGUUGUGAGGAUUUUUGUUUUCUUUAUAUUGAGGUGUAAUCCAUACUGAAGGCUGUCUGUCGUCUUUGAUCUUCAAUAGUAAGUGCUUCAAAUCGUCUUCACUUUCAGCAAGCAAGGUUGGGCCAUCUGCAUAAUGCAGGCUGUUAAUGAGUCUUCCUCCAGUCCUUAUGCCUCGUUCUUCAUAUAAUCCAGCCUCUCGGAUUAUUUGCUCAGCGUACAGAUUGAGUAGGUAUGGUGAAAGGAUACAGCCCUGACGCACUCGUUUCCUGACUUUGAACCAUGCAACAUCCCCUUGUUCUGUUCGAAUGACUGCCUCUUGAUCCAUGUACAGAUUCUUCAUGAGUAUAAUCAAGUGUUCUGGGAUUCUCAUUCUCUGCAGUGUUAUCCAUAAUUUGUUACGAUCCACACAGUCGAAUGCCUUAGCAUAGUCAGUAAAACACAGGUAAACAUCUUUUCGGUAUUCUCUGCUUUCAGCCAGGAUCCAUCUGACAUCAGCAAUGAUAUCUCUGGUUCCAUGUCCUCUUCUAAAUCCAGCUUGAAUUUCUGGCAGUUCCCUUGUUGAUAUGCUACUGCAGCCUCUUUUGAAUGAUCUUCAGCAAAAUUUUGCUUGCGUGUGAUAUUAAUGAUAUCGUUCUAUAAUUUCCACUUUCUUUUGAAUCAUCUUUCUUGGAAAUAGGCAUGAAUAUGGAUCCCUUGCAGUCUGUUGGCCAGGUAGCUGUCUUCCAAAUUUCUUGACCUUCCAGUGCUGCACCCAUUUGUUGAAACAUCUCAAUUGGUAUUCCAUCAGUUCCUGGAGUCUCUUGUUUUUCACCAAUGCCUUCAAUGCAGCUUGAACUUAUUCCUUCAGUACCCUUGGUUCCUGAUCAUGUGUUACCUCCUAAAAUGGUUGAAUGUCAACCAGUUCUUUUUGGUAUAGUGACUCUAUUCCUUCCAUCUUCUUAGAUGCUUCCUGAGUUGUUUAAUAUUUUCCCUGUGGAAGCCUUCAGGAUUGCAACUUGAGGCUUAAAUUUUUUCUUUGGUUCUCGUAGCUUGAGAAAUUCUGAACGUGUUCUUCUCUUUUGGUUUUCUAUCUCCAGGUCUUUGCACAUGUCAUCAUAAUACUCUACUUUGUCUUCUCCAGCCACCCUUUGAAAUCUUCUGUUCAGCUGUUUUACUUCAUCAUUUUUUCCAUUUGUUUUAGCUACUUACCAGUAAUUCUCAGUACAUCAUGAUUGCAUAUUCGGUUAAGUUCAGACUGCAGAAGUUGGUAAAAAUCUUCAGCUUCUUUAUCUUUGGCCUUAGUGGUUGGUGCAUAAAUUUGAAUAGUAGUAGUAGUAACUGGUCUUUAUUGUAGGUGUAUGGCUAUUAUCCUAUCACUGACAGCGUUGUUCCUCAGGAUAAAUCUUGAAGUGUUCUUUUUGACGAUGAAUGCAACGACAUUAUUUUUCAAGUUGUCAUUCACGGUAUAGUAGACCAUAUGAUUGUCUGAUUCAAAAUGACCAAUACUAGUCCAUUUCAGCUCACUAAUGCUUAGGAUAUUGAUAUUUAUGUGUUCCAUUUCAUUUUUGAUGAUUUCCAGUUUUCCUAGAUUCAUACUUCGUAUAUCCCAGGUUCCGAUUAUUAAUGGAUGUUUGCAGCUGUUUCUUCUCAUUUUGAGUCGUGCCACAUCAGCAAAUGAAGGUCCUGAAAGCUUGACUCCAUCCACAUCAUUAUGGUUGACUCAUUCUGAGGAGGCGGCUCUUCCCCAGUGGUAUUUUGAGUGCCUUCCAAUGAGGACUGUAAAAACAUGCUUUAUUUUCCCAUGUUCAAGUUUACCAUGCUUUCCCCAAAUCCUAAGAGUAUAUUACGUGCUUUCUGAAUUCCAUUGAAGCAUAACAUGACAGCUGUUGGCACCAUUCUUCCUGCCUCAGUCUUCAGUAUUUCUUUUACCCGUGUAAAGUGCCUAAUACAGUAUCUGGUAUACAGUAGAUAUCAUGUAUUAGUGCCGCUGGCUCAUUGCCUAGUCUUUACACAGCUUGCUUUGAAUGUGUUUCAGAGACCUAGGCCAGUGCCUCUGAAACUUUAAUGGGCAUGCAGAUGACCUGAGAAGGUUGUUAAAAAUGCUGAUUUUGAUUUACUGGGGCUGAUGUGGGACCUAAAAUUCUGCAUUUCUAACAAACUCUCAAGGGAUGCCAAGGCUGCUGGCUCAUGGACCACACUUUGAUUAGCAAGGGUGAGAGUCAUUGAUGUGCAACCUUAAACACACACACACAUAGCCCUUGUUUAAUUUUGCCUUCUCCUCACCUACUGUGAUUAUCAAGUACGAGACGAGAUUCAUUGCCUUGGAUGGAUCAAUCAUUCAUUCAUUCAGUAAACAUUUAUUUUGGGUCCUGUGAGUAGGAGGUCCGACAGUUUUCUGAGGCCUCUUGUUGCGUUAUUUUGAUCCUAGGUCUUAAUCUCUGUGGUAGGCAGUGGUUGGCGAGUGUUUGGUGUUGAGUAGUCUCCCUUGCAUUCUUCUCUCUCAGCCGUGAUCCCAUCCUGGGCCUUCAUUCUCUGUAUCUCACUUGAAAAUCUCAUUUCCCAGUAAUCAUAGUUAAUAUCACUGAGGUUCCUGGAGUUUGUAUUUUUUUUUUUUUUUUGAAUGUCCUGAAAAUUUAUUGCAAGUCAUUUGACUAACUCAUCAGCACCCCUAAAAGAAACAAUAGCUCCAUAACAGUUUUACUAACCUCCUGUUUAGGUUCAGAUUUGUGCAGAGUAGCUAACUCAUGAUGUGUUCACAGAGUGUUCUUGUGAGCUGUGUUUCCCAGCUGACUCAGAGUGUCUAUUCUGGACCAACGAGCCCCAGGACUUGCCAGUGGGGUGGUGUGGGGGACACAGCCACAGCAGCAGGGCCUACUCUACCCUUUAUAAAUCAUGAGAGGUGAAGACAGGCCCGGAAGCUUCCUUCCUACUAUUACUUCCCAUUUUUUUGCCCACUUGGGUGAUUGUAUAUUCCUUUAGUCACUGUUGAUUUCUGGCUUCAGGUUACAUUCUUCCCACAUUCCAAGUUGUAGAAGUAGUAUGUCUAGUUCACUUUGCCAGUUCUGAGUAGUAUUAAGUGUGACGGACCAGAAUUUGAAUCUGAUGGACCUAAGUUUGAAUUUGAACCACAGUGGCUAUAUCAUUUGCUACUUGUCAAUUUAAUAUACUUCUCUGAGCCUCAGUUUCUAUGAGCUUCGGUUUCUCCAUCUGUAAAAUAGGAAUCAUUGAAUGAUAGGAUGAAAUGAGUCAAUCUAUGUAAAGACCUAAAAAAAAGGAAAACCAAACCCAUUGCCUUCAAAUCAAUUCUGACUCAUAAUGACCCUACAGAGCAAAGCAGAACUGCCCAGUGGGGUUUCCAAGGAGCAGCUGGUGGAUUUGAACUGCAGACCUUUUGGUUAGCUGCCAAGCUUUUAACCGUUGAACCACCAGGGCUGGUAGGUGUCUGAUUAAUGGUUGUUCUGAUGAUGAUAAAGAUGAUCAGUGUCAUCACAUGAAAAAGAAAGGAACACAGCCUGAGAUAACAGUCUGGGGCAGAUGUUUCUCAUGGUAGGGAGGAAGUAACAGGCAGGAAGUAUGCAUUAGCCCUCUAGACCCCAGUUCCCGCUGGAGGGAGGUGAGAAUAAGUUAGCCAUCUUUAUGCUUCCCAUGUCAGUGACAAAGCAGUGCGACUAAAGAGAACUUUGGAAAAGGGAAUGAGUAGAAGGAGGUAGUGAAGGAAAGGAGAGAUGCUUCGUAUUCUGAAAGCGAGGUGUGAAGAUCUGACGUGUAUUUGCGAUGAUCUGAGGGAGGUUUUAUUUAUGAAAGGCACUUUGUUAGUGGGGUGGUUGUUCUUAAUCACAUUGUUAUUUCAUAUUAUUAAAUGAAGAACUGUUGAUAUUUGAAAGAGAUGUCCAAUUUUUUGCAGUCCGAAGAGGAAUUUUUGUUGAUGUUGUAGUAUGAAGAGUACUCAGUCAUGUGAUAAAUUGCUGCUGAAAGUGUGAAAGAAAUAGGAAAUCUCUACAGAGUUGAAAUACAAUAGAUCUUUCAUUCAUUUUGUGUUUUGUUUCCUCUGUGAAAAAUCAGUUCAUCUUGGUCACAUGUUACAGUGAGAAGUGAUGUUUAAGCCAUCAGAGUGGUUGUGAGGAACUGUGGGAUGCUAUCAAGAUAGCAGAUAACUGUGCUUGCUUCAUGGCAUACAGUUCCCUUCAAAUUUGGUUGUUUAUCCUCUGGUUUAAAAGCAUUGUCUACUGAAGUCGAGUGGCGUGUAUGUGGGACUUUUGGGAGGCUUCUUUUAUGGAAGACUUUGAGUAGUGAGUGGAUGAAGAGCUGGCGUUCUCUGAUACCGUUUCCUCUCGUGUUUUUUCUUUUUCCGUCACCUAAGCAAUGUCCUUGAUACACCUGAUUUUUGUUACCUGGAAAUCAAGGUGUAACUUUAUGAGUGGGUUUCAGUAGUUUUCCAUGGUUUAUGACAUAAUGUCCAUUCUCUUUAGCAGCAGGACCUAGAGUCCUCUGACCUUCUUUUGUCGUCUUCUGCUGCCUAGAGGAGCACAAGCAACCCGAGAGCAUCUUGCUGCUUCACUGCUCCUUUCCUUCCCCCAUUACCAGGUGAACACCACCCAGCUUUCUGGACUUAGCUCAGAUGUCACUUCCUUGAAGAGAUCUUUCCGAGCUGCCAAUCCUGUUUGUCAGUCCCCAUUAGAAAUUGGCCACCCAGUCCUUUGUGCUCCGGUACACUACCAGCACACGCUGGGGCAACUUCUGUGAUGCUUCAUCUGACUCACUUGUUGCUUUGGAGCUCCCUUCUCCUAAAAUCUCAGCUGCUAUGGGACAGGUGUGCUGUCCUAUUCAGCAUGGUGUGCUUUUAUAGAAAAGGGAAUGAGUAGACUAGUGGACCCUCCAUAAAUAUUACCGAAUGGGUAAAGGUAUCUAAGUGCUUCGCUUAGUUAUCAAAAAGUAUUUUGGCAGUGUGAUCGUGAAAAUUAUCAGUCUUUUGGUAUUCUGACCCUUGAAUAUAAACUUUUCUUCUUCAUGAUGCUGUAAUUUUUAAAAAUUAUUAUUCUAGUCAUUCCUGUUUAUUGUAGAAAUAAGGGAAUACGAAAAUCACCUAUAAUCACGUCAUUCAAAGAUGCGCAGAGUUAACGUUUUGAUAUGUAACCCUUUGGAACAUAAUCUUUUUAAUAAUCCAAAUGAUGGGAGGGGCACUGCUUCAGAGGUGAGGGGUAGAGAGUAAGGUAGAUGGUCUGGAGUAGGUGUGUAGUAUAGUUUCUCCUUAAGGAUUAGAAUCCACUUAUGCAGAACAGAGCAAGACAUGGUUUGGCCUCCAAACAAAAGUUCACUGUGAAAGAUUGAACCAUUUUAUGCCUGAAACUGUCAAUAUUGUUUUUAGCAGUUCUUUCUGUAGUGUUGAGUACUCUUUGUUUAGACAGUUCAUCACACUGUUAUUUCUCCCUACACACACACACACACACACACACACACACACACACACACACACACUCUAGCUACUGCAAGUUUUCAUGGCUUUUUUUUUCUGGGGGGGGGAGUUGUUUUCCAAAAAAAUUUUUUUAUAAAAAUUGUACGUGUCAUCCUCGAUGUGCCUUCAAGUAAUGGUGGCCAGUGGCGUGUUAAUGGCCUUCUCCUUCCGGGUGGAGAAAUUAAUAAAAUGACCCUCUUACUUGAAAUAAGUGAUAAGCGAAGUAGAAAGGAGAUUAGGAUGGAAUUAACUGAUGGAGGCAGGCUUUUUAUUCUCCUCUCAGCAACUUAAAAAGAAAAAAAAGCAGAAUUCUUUAUGAGAAAAAGCAAAGUUCUUUUGCAUUCUGGCAUACUUCCAAAGGCAUUGCUAUCGAUGUUGAAUUCCAUUUUAGGUUUGGAGUUAUGAAAUUUUUAUAAUAGUUGAAGUAAAAUUAAUUGUUCCUUGUAUUAUUUUUUAUUGGACAAUGUACAAAUAAUGACAGCAUUCAGCUGCAAUCACAUAAUCUCAGAAACUAGCAUAAAAAUGGUUAUUCAGUUUGAAACGAGAUUGAAUAUUUAAAAAGUACAGGUGGUGUAGAUGGGUUUAUGAGAAAAAUGAAGUUUCCUUUCUCUGCAGGGGAAAAGGGAGUUUUCAUUUUACUCACUGCCUUGGUGACGAUGACGUAGACCUGUGAUGGCACAAGCAUUAGGUGUCUUCAUUGAAAAGCACCACUGUAGACCAGAAGCAGUAAGUUUCACAAGAAGCCUUGGCAAGUUAGAUUGAUUGGUCAGAGCUGAAUGAAGAAUUCCAGAUCCAGGCAGUCCCUAGAUUAUGAAUGAGUGCCAUUUCUAAGUCUGCCUUUAAGUCAGAUUUGUACGUAAGUUGGAACAGUUACGUAUGGUUCAUAUCUAACAUCAGUUAGUCAAAUGUUUGUCUUAGUAUAUAGUGUACCUUUUCAUGCAAAAAAAACAUUAAACACUUCCAGACGCACUGAAACAUCUUUAACAUAAUACUACAGUAAUUAUGUUUUUUGAUGUGCAUCACAAGGUACUGCCUGUUUGUUAUUGUGAACCACUGUUUGUACCUUGAAUUUUUAAUACAGUAGGCCUUUAGGGGUUGGUUCGUGACUAUGGGUUGUACAUAAGUUGGACGUUUGUAACCUGGGGACUGUCUGUAUUGAUUGAAAGUUUAGCUAUAGAACCCAACACCAAAAAAAAAAAGAGAAAAGACUCAAAAAGAGGCUUUUGCUCUGGGAUUUGAAAUAUUCGCCAUAAUAAUAUCUUCUGUUCUCUGUGUAAGCCCUGUAUUUUAACGUAUUCAAUCAUAUCACUUCUGAGCUUAGUGGGGCCAAGAGAGCAAUCUUAGAGCUUGGGCCAGGACCUCACACAGCAAUCUUGAGGAACAUACUCUGUAGCUUUCUGGCUUUAUUUAGGCUUACCUCUUUUCAGCUUUUGUAGAUUCUGAUAAUUCUUGCCACUCAAUGUGUUGGUUUGUGUACGUGUCUAGGUACAUUGUGUAUCGGUGAGUGUGCUUUUAAAUGCUUUCCUUGUGCUUAUUCUUAAUGGAAACCCCGGUGGCGUAGUGGUUAAGAGUUUGGCUGCUAACCAAAAGGUCAGCAGUUUGAAUCCACCAGUCGCUCCCUGGAAACCCUUUGGGGGCAGUUCUGCUCUGUCCUAUAGGGUCACCAUGAGUCAGAAUCGACUCAACAGCAACAGGGUUUCGUUUGUUUGUUUGUUUGUUUAUUCUUAAAGCUGCAUACUCUUGAGGGCUUGGCACUGCUUGACUAGGUGCUAGUCACUGUGCUAAACUCUUUACACGUCUCUCAUAUUUUCUUCAUAAUAGCUUGAUAUAGGUGGACAUCAUUGUUAUGUUUUUAUAAAGGAGGGAACUGAGGCUCAGAGAUGAAGAAACUUUUCCAUUAAUAAAGGUGGGAAGUAAGAUUAGAUCCCAUGUCUGCCAGAUUCUGCAAUCUGUAGACUUAAGCACAGUGUUUGAAAGCCUAAAAUCUCAGUGUUGUUAAGGGGGUUGACUGGCAAGGUGAGUGUUGGGAGUCAUGGGUUCGAGUCUAGGCUUUUAGUGCUAACCAACUGUGUAACUAUAUUUAACAUUCUGGGGACGUUUUCUUCAGCCAAUGAUCAGGGAGGUGAAGUUAUGUAACUGAGUUGCUAGAGUUAGUAAGGAAUGCUCAAAGCCAGUGUUUUUUCCUUGCCACGGGCUCCCCCUGGGCUUCUUGCUCUGGGUUUGGCAAUUCUAUAUGGAUCAGAGGAAUAGGUCUAAGAGCAAGAUGACAUAAGGUCAUCUAACGCUCUAGAGUGUGGUCCCAGGGGUGAUAGGGACCUUCCUUUCCCCUUCUUCCACAGAAUAACCACACCCCUUCAUCUCUUCCAUAACUAAAAUCUCCCUCAUCUCCUCCUUAACUCUGGAGCCCACACACUUAAAUCUAAGAUUAGCUGCCAUUUAUUGUGUGUUUGCUAGCUUCUAGGCCCUUUCCGUAUUUUAUAAUCUGGUAUUUAUGUCAGCUCUGCAAGGGGAGUCGCCUUCCCCAUUUUUUUGCUGGGGAGUCGUGCUUUAGAAAGGUUUGUCUAGCCAAGGUCACAGCUAAAAAUGGCAAAAUCGUGUUGAACCCAGCUCCUUCUGAUGCCAAAGCCCAAUUUUGGUUCACUAUACCAAGCUAGGAAACCCUGGUGGCGUAGUGGUUAAGUGCUACAGGCUGCGAACCAAAGGGUCGGCAGUUCGAAUCCGCCAGGUGCUCCUUGGAAACUCUAUGGGGCAGUUCUACCCUGUCCUAUAGGGUUGCUAUGAGUCGGAAUCGACUCAAUAGCACUUGGUUUGGUUUUUUUGGUUUAUACCAAGCUAGUGCAGAGAAAAAAAAGUAGACGUGGAAGCAGACUUGUUUGCCCCUUUGAGGGCACCCCACAGGACUGUAGAAUUCGACUGAAAAUGUUCUUCAUGGGUGCAUGUAUAAUUUUCAGUUUGAGGCACUUUUAUAGGUUCAAGGAGUACUGUAUGUAAAGAUAGAAUUCCCACAAGAUGAAAAAAAAUAAUAAAUCAUGGGUUUAUUUGACAGAGCCCUGCCCUCUCUCCCUGCACUCACAGACACAUACACAUAACCUGGGAAUGGAAACAGGGAGCUGCUACAAAGCAUAUAUGUAUUUUUAUAUACGUGUGUAUGUGUGUGUAUAUAUACACACACAUACGUACAUAUAAUAUAGCAUGGACCGUUUAUAUAUGUGUGUUUAUACACAUACAUACAUACAUGCAUGUAAUAUAGCAUGGACCGUGGUCAGUGCUGUGACUAUAUUUCAGACUGCCCUGGGAGUACAAGUGAAGCCACAACUGGUUCCAACAGGAAAGACCUUAGAAGGGCCUUUCUGACCCAGACCCUGAGGAGUAGAUGACUUGAACGUUCCAGGCAGAGUUACCAUUAGAGCAAAGGCCCAAGGUGGGAAAGUACAGGGUGGAGUGGGGACCCUCCUUAAAUGGGUAGUCAGGGUCGUCAUUCCCACGGAAGUGGUAUUGGCUUUAUUUCACGCCUGUUCAGUUUGGCUUGAUGAAAUAGUGUCUCUCUCUCUCUCUCUCUCAUCUCUUUCUCUGUGUCUUUCCCUGUUAAAUGCCUUUUAUGUUUUGUUGGGGAUGUGUGUGGGAGAGAUUCAUUUCCAGCUGGGUCCAUCUGCAAUGAAAAUGUCCCAUUGACAAAUUGAGGAAUUAGACUACAACCAUCUUUCUGAAAGCUAGUGCACUAGCUGCAACAUGCGACAUCCCUCCCUUUGAGGGGCAGAACAGGAGGAAGUGGUGAUUUAGGACUGCUGGGUGUGUUGAGUAGAAAAUUAGUCAAAUAAAUAGGGCUGUGUUGCUCAAAUUGAUUAAUAAAUUCAGCUUCUCACAGAACCAUGUGGUCUUUCUCCAAGGAGAUCAUAGGAUGGCAUGAACUAAGGCUGCCCCAGUGGGGAAGUACAGCAUAUCAUAGGUGGUCAAUAAAUUUUUACUGAAAAAUCUAACGCAUUUGUGUAACUUUUUAUUUAGUCUCUAUUUCAGAGCUGCCUUUUUUACCCCCUUAAAAUACAAAAGAUGAUAGAUGGGAAAGUUUGAAAACACCUGUGGUUUUUAGUUGGUUGCCCUUUAAUAUGAGCCAGUAACAUAUUCUAGGAGAGAUUUGGAGUCAGGAGACCACCCAGUGUCUCCUGUGGAACUUGGAGCAAGUUGUGUAGCCACCCACCCAGGCCACUUUCUGCAUCUGUGAGAUGACGGAUUUAGACCAGCUGACCUCCAAGAGCUUCUUGCACAGCCAUCCCUCGGAAGUGAAAUGAGUAAAUCCAAUGUCCUGGGCCUUGUGCUACACUUCCAUGAUAUUUGGGAUUUGGCGACCUUGUAAGUUCGUGUAGUCUUCAGCGAAAGGGGCCAAGUCAAAGCUGUGACACUCUGUCGUGUCCUCAACAAGGGAGGUUCCCAUCUCACGUCUGCACGACCGCUAAAGACCGUAUUUUAAGAGGAAUGACAGAGACUAGAAUGAUGACAGAACUGGAAGUCUUUUUGUAGAAGUGGUCUAAGGGAUGAUUGUUGUGUCUCCCAGGGAAGAGGCAGUAAUGGUGUACAGGUGGGAGAUGAGGGUAGUCUUGGACAGUUGGGAGAAUCACAUGCCCUAAGUAUUAAGUUCAGUGUGAGGAAGAGCCACCCACCAUCUGGUCAGAAAUGGAAUGAGGUGCCUCAGAGAGUAUCAGGGCCUCCUUAGGGAACAAUUCAAGUGGAGGCCAUAUUCCAGUUGUCAAGAAUCUGAUCAAAGGAAGUUUUGCCCUGGAUUUCCAGCUAGUCUUGGAGACCUCGUUUGUUCUGUCAAGAAUCUAUACUAGCUAUGACUACUUAAUUGGGUUUUUGCAUGGUAAUAGUUUGGUACAAUGUUGUGUGGUCAAGGUGUUGUUGACAUUACUGCAUUUAUUUGGUUUUAUUUGAUGUUACUGCAUUUAUAGCUUUUCCUUCCCUUAUUCCAAAAGUUAAGACAGGUUUAUUGUAACAGAAAUAAUACAGAGGUUAAAUUGCCCAUGCUUUCACUACUUUUAAGGCUGUUGGCCACCGUAUUAUAUGGCACAGUGGUUAAGAGCAUAGGCUUGUUUUGAUGGUCCUGGUUUCAGUCUCUGCUGUGCCACCACUUACUAAGUAUAUGGACUCAGUCGAGAUCUUUUUUGUUUCCACAACUCAUGGUAGUUUCCUCAUCUACAGCAGUACCAAUUUCAGGGGUUUGAUAUGAUGGUAGAUUGGAAAUGUAUUAAAAUACUCAGCACAGUCGCUGACACAUAGUGCAAGUGCCCAGUCAGUGUUAGCCGGUUGCCGUACAGUGGUAGCAGUAGAAUUAAUAUGAAAUAAUAAGCCUGUAUAUGUAUGUGCACUUCUUUAAAGUGGGAUCUUAUUAAGCAAUCUGUUGCAAACCUGCUGUUUUCCCUUAAUUUUAUAUUGAGCAUUUCCCUACGCCAUUAUAGGUUCCCAAACCAUAAUUUUUUAUAAGAGCUUUAUUGAGCUACAAUUCAUAUGCCAUAUUUCAUCCAUUUAAUGUGUACAAUUCAGUGAGUUUUUAGUAUAUUUCCAGAGUUGUAUAAUCAAUUUUAGAACAUUUGCGUCACCCAGGAAAACCCUAUACCCAUUAGCAGUCAGUCCCCCUCUUCCCCUAACACCCCUAGUCAUAGGCAACCACUGAUGUACUUUCUGUCUGUGGGUUUUUUUCUUAUGGACAUUUCCACACUGUGCUGUUUAAAGGCUGCACAAUAUUCUGCCGCGUGGGUGUACCUUAAUGUUUGCAGCCAUCCCACUGCUGUUGGACAUAGAAGUGAUUUUCAGUGGUGUCACCCAGGGGUCACAGACUUGGAAUUAGUUAAGAAGUAACAUGGAAUCGUCAGCUGUGGUCCUACAUGCCUGUGCUAUGAGACGCUUCUGGAGACCUCAGCAUCCUGAAGCUGCUGAAGAAGACACACGACCUGCCAACACACCGCACCACUGUGAGGGGCCACCGGAGCUGUUCGGGAGACAGCAGUAGCCCACCCAGCAAUGUGGAACCAGCAGUCUGGGAAUGAGAGAGGAGGGAUUUGAGCAAAGCUGUGGGAAGACAGACCAAGCACAGGGCCUCAGAUGUCACCAAUCCUUCAAAUAGUGCUGCAUUCCUAAGCCUGAGGACAAAUACUGGUGAGACCAGAGUGCAGGAAGAAUUAUUCAUUAAACGUGUGCAGAAAGAUAGAGCGCCUCCUCAGGGACACCCUCUUGUAGCAGGAAACGGAAAUCCCUUUGCUCUUGGCAUCUGAUCAUCCUACCUACGCUGUGAAAGCUGCCUCAGCUGCCUCCUCCUGGAGCAUCCAUCCCAUUUUUCCCAUCUGAAUCAAGUUGCUUUGGUACGAAGACUGAUCUGGGGUUGGGGAGGAAUAGCCACAAGAAGUCUGAUAGGCCAGAGUCGAGGGUUUAAGUUAAGAUGACCUGGGGGAAGAAAGGGAUCCUCAAGAAAUAGUCCACUAAUUACCUCUGCAUCUCUUUUCUGGGAUCAGUUCGAAGGCCCGGGGCUGGGAAACAGGCUGUGGAGAAAGGCAUUGAGUUCACGCUUUGCUUUUAAAUGUCAGGAUUAUCAGGGAGGAUCUGUUGCUGCAUGGUGGCCGUCUGGCUGUCCUGACGUGUUCAAGCGUAGAACGUUUAACGUUCAUUUGUUGUUCCUGGUGUUUUCUCCACCCUUUGCUGGCCUCCAGAUGGACUCACAGUUAGCCUGAUGAGCGUUGAGUAGGCUGUGUAAGCCUCUUUCAGGGGAGAUGGAAAUGUCGCAACAGGAGCUCAGCAGCUUCGCGCUGACUGCCGUUAAAGACAUCAGCCUGUUCUUGGUGUGCAAAGAAACCUGUGUAUUAUUUGGGGUGGAAAAUUGCUUGAGGCAUUUCAGCUUCUUUGUACUUAAAUUGGCGAUCUUAAUGCCACAUUGACUGUUUUCUAAAAUAAAAGGAGAGGAGUAGGAAAGUGUGGACCUCGCAGGCAGCUGAAUUCUCAGGCUUUGCAAGCAGCCACACGAGUUCUAUAAUCAUGAUAAACCAAAACCAAGUCCACUGUCACUAGGUCAACUCUGAUUCAUAGCAAGCGACCGUAUAGGAGUUUCCAAGGCUUUAAAUCUUUGCAGAAGCAGACUGCCACAUCUUUCUCCCCUGGAGGGACUGGUGGGCUCAAACUACAAACCUUUUGGUUAAGCAGCUGAGCACUUAACCACUUAUAGUCAUGAUAGUAGGCCUGUAAAAGCAAACUCCUUUGCAUAUUCUGUCAUACCAUUAGGGUGCUGGGGUUUUUCUCAUUCCUGCCCCCAGGUAAGGAUGUGCUCUGGAAGGUUGACAGCAGUGUACUGCAUCAGUGUCAAAUGCCACCUCCUCCUUAAGGCCUCCCCUGAUUUCCCACAGCACCCCAUUACGUAGAAAUAUGGAUGGUGGUAUAGGAUACAUACUGUGGUGUCAAAGACCUGGGCUUCUAACCCAGCCUUGCCAUGCAUGGCAAGUUUUUUAAAUUCUCUCUGUUCCUCAUUUGUGAAUUGGGGAUAAGGAUAGUACAUAAAGGGUUGUCAUGAAGAUUAAAUGAGAAAAUUCCAUGGUAAGGUGCUUAACUUAGUACAUACCUGACAUGUUUAGUGUUCCAUAAAGCCCGUGGUUACUUUUACUAAUGGUAUGAGCCUCAGUUUUGUCAUCUACGAUAUGAGGACAAACUCAACGAUUGUGUCAGGAGGAUGUGAGAGAAUGCUGGAAAGGCAGUGUCCUAGCUCCUGGCUUAUGUUGGGCACUCGGUGUACAAGCAUGGGAUAGUUACCAUCGUUCCAGCACUUACUUCGUUCUGCUUUACGUACUGUAACUAGCUGUUUAUGUCUCGGUUCCUAUCACUAAAAUGUAGCCGGGGGCUUUGCUUUCGUCUUUGUAGACCCCAAAAUGUCUCGCUCAGUACAAUAGCUGCUCAACAACAAUCAUUCAAACAGACGUCUUUAAACUUAGGGCACCCUUAUGUUUAAGAACAGGUUUUUAUCUCUUACUUUGCUCACAGGGCGAGCAAAAUGUGAUAAACAGUAGAGAUACGUCUCUCUUAACAAGAACCCGUGUGUGGUCACCCGAAUUCACACGGGGUAAGCUAGUGUAGCUUUCUCACUGUACACUGUUCGAAUUUGGCCUCAGUGCCUGAACUCUGGCAUCGUAGAUGCCUUUGGAUACUUUGAAAGAAAGGAAUUCACCAGUUUGGCCAGUUCUUCUAGUUAAAAAGAUAACACUAGGUUUUCUGCCAAGGAAGAGUUUCCUCAGAAGGAGGGGUUGAAAGCCUGCAGGUUAAUUCACUAUUGCGGCUGUUCUCUGUCCCCUCCCCACAAUAUGUCAAUGGAAUGCUGGUCCUAAAUUAAUGGUAAAGCUUUGGCUGGGAAGUUUAGGAAGUUGAGGAGCAUCUUGGGUUAGAGGUUACCCCACCUCUGUGACAGCAGCUGGGCUCUGGCUUUUGGAGGCUUGUGGUCUCAGCUGUAAUGUCACAUUGGCUUGGCUUUUGCAGAGCACAGGGCUACAGAGCAGGCUGGAGAACUCUCCUGCUUCUUGCAUUAGGCGCCCACAUUCUGCUGCCACUAGCUGCGGAAGCAAGGGCAGACUUUUUGUUUUUCAGAAGUGUUAUGAGACAAAAUAAGUGGUUAACAUGUAGGUGUUGUGAAUAUUUGUUUCAAGAACCUUAAGCGCCUGGAUGCAACAUAAAGUUGCAAGUUCCGUGAAAAUUUCAUAGCCCUAUUUGUGUCCGUAGAGUUGGAGACCUCGUGUUUUAACUGACUGUGUGAACUAUGCUUCCCACGUUGAUGGGGAGUUAAGUGAGGCUGUGACAUUCCCUUGAAAACAUCUGGGUCAUCCAGUGCAAGUAUGGUCAGCUCCUGCUUAUCUGAUGUCUUUGCUUCAUCUGAGUGCCUCCCGAGUCAGCUCACCUCACUGAGCCUCAGUUUCCUCUUCUUUAGAUCAAAGGGGUCAGACUUAGAUCAGCCUUAACAAACCAAAUCCCUGGUGCCGUCGAGUUGAUACCGACUCAUAGUGACCCUCUAGGACAGAGUAGAACUGCCCCAUAGAGUUUCCAAGGAGCGCCUGGCAGAUUUGAACUGCCAACCCUUUGGUUAGUAGCCAUAGCACUUAACCACUAUGCCACCAGGGUUUCCUAGAUCAGCCUUAGAGCUUUUAAACUACGGCUUUUUAAAAAUUACUUUUCUGUAAGUAAAGCCAGCUUUCCAAUUGGGUAGGGGAUUCAGCCUUUUAAUUCCUGCCUGCUUCCAAGACAGCCCUAGGUGCUCUUGGCCUCUCUCCCAGGCCCAGCUGUUCCCUUGCCCCUAGCUGUUACCUUCUUGAUCCAUUUUGGAAAAAGAGAGGUGAAUCUAGCAUUAUUGGAAGCACAAAAAAGGUUAGUAGACGGCCUGAGAGAAGUGGAGCUGAGGAGUACUGCUUGUUGCAGGACGGGGAGGGCCUGCCAGCACCAGCGGGGUCUUCCUGAUUGGAGGCUCCCAGGCCUCUUACCGAAGGUUGGCUUCUGCUGAUUUGAUGAUUUGAAGGCUUGCUGAGUUGGCGUCUAACAGCUGGCAGGCAGGAGGGAGUCAGCUUAACAUGUUUUUGAGCCCCUGGAGGAAUAGAGUGAUAGCUUGAGGAGGAGCCGCAUGGUAAGGAAAUCAUCACAGCGCUGGGAGCCUGAGGCAACAGGGAGAAACUCCAGAAGCAUCUGCUUCUUGGUAUUUCUAGAUAUUUCUUUGUCCAGAGGAAUCAUAUUUAUGCCUGGUACUGUGUUAGGUGGUAGGAUAUAAAGAUGAGUGUGUGCCCUUAAGGCCCUCACAGGCUAGAAGAGAGUGACCUACUGCUGAGUGUCCACAUUGCGUUAGGCACUUCAUAUACAUAUGUACACUAACUCCAAUACGGUAGGAGGAGUAUUUCACAAGUGGUGUCUGCUAAGGAACGAACCCUGGUGGUACAGUGGUCAAGCGCUCAGCUGCUAACCAAAAAGUUGGCAGUUUGAACCCACCAACCGCUUCUGUAGGAGAAGGAUGUGACCAUCUGCUUCCGUAAAGACUUACAGCCUUGGAAUCCCCUUGGGGCAGUUCUCCUGUGUUCUCUAGGGUCGCUAUGAGACAAAAUUGACUCACGAGCAGUGGGUUUGGUAUGGUUUGUUCUGCCGAGGGCCAUGGAAACAUGGAAGAGGGAGGGAGAAGCAUUCUUGAAGAUGAAAAUGGAUUGGGCAGUAGAGGGAGGUUGUUGUAGGGGUUGAAAAUGACUUUUCUGGUGAGAGGAAUCUCAGAUUUGCUGCACGUGCCAUUGGGCUGGUGUUCACUUUCUAGUCCAGGAGACUGUCAGGUAGAAGCCUGUGUCGUAAGACUUGUAUUUGUCUGAAAGAGCUGAACAACUCUAAUGUACCUUUCCCCAUGUCUGUUAGUGUUGGUUAUAGCUUUUAAAAGGUUAUUAUUUUCGGAAAAGUGGAACCAGAAAGUGGUUCUCUACACUGAUGUUUUUUGAUGUUUAAAAACAUCAGGGCUUUUUCCCCUCCUCUUUCUCAGCCCACAUCCCUGAUUGAGGUUCCAACGUGUAAAGUUCACACUGAAAGGGGAUGGCAGAGUCACUGGAAGCUCAGACAGCCACAUGUCCUCCACAUGCACAGUGAUGAGCCGACGACAACCUCGGUACUACUGUGCCGGCACGGGGAGUGGUUGCUUUUUGUGUUUCAAGCAACCACUACUGUUCCGUCUUUGGACAAGUUGUCGCUAAUGACUGGGGCACCGUCUUCACUGCCGCAGAUGCGUUGGUGUUUACUUCAGGUUGCCUCUUCUAGUCUUGGUCUUUCUACAUCCAGUUUGAUUCUACAAAUCACAAAAAGGGUCUUCUGUAUCACAAAGCCCAGGUGGCAGCUGGUCCUUGAGUUGUGUCAGAUGUGAUCUUUUUCCUCUCCUCUGCUCUGUAGGUCGCUGUAUCUGUCCUUUUCCCCUUACCACAUUCUGCCCUUCAUUGGAGUUACUUACGUGUGCAUUUUGUCUCACCAACCCGAUUGGAAACUCGCUUCACCAAGGUCUGUGUACUCUUCACCUCUGUGCUCUAUACAUUCUUUAAAAUAGCUACCAUGAGGAUUUUCUGUAAUAAACAACUCAAUAAAUAUUUAUUUAAUUGAGCUGAAUCCAGAAAGCAUUAUUUAUUUUGAAUUGAGUCCACAUCAUUAAGUACAAAAGAAAUGGCUUCUAGAAAGAUCAAUACUAUUUACUUUCCCCAUGUCAAUCCCUGAGGGCAGUGGUGGUUCAGUGAUAGAAUUCUCGCCUUCCAGGCUGGAGAUCCCAGGUUCAAUCCCCAUCCAGUCCACCUCAUGUGCAUAAACCACCUGUCAGUGGAGGCUUGCAUCUUGCUACAAUGCUGAGCAGGUUUCAUUGGAGCUUCAGACCAAGACGGACUAAGAUGGAUCUACUUCUGGAAAUCUGCCAGUGAAGAUGGUCCAAUCCCUUUGUGCAUGGGGUCACAUGAGUUGGCAGCCAACUGGAUGGCAGCUAACAACAACAACCAAUUCCUUGUCCCCAGUUCUGUCUUUAGUUAGUUAGUUAAGCUGUGUGUCCUCUCUGCCUCCUGAAGGAUAUGGUAUCCGAAGAUUACACUACAAGGUAAAAUGAGGCAAUUUGAGAUAAAAUCAAUAUAAUCCCUUUGUAGGAACCAGCAGGAAUUCAGACACCUGAAUUUAGCAGAUGGCAGUAACUCCGUAAUUUAAAUUGCAUCUAAGACAAAGCAGGAAUCAUUUCCAUUUUUUACCACAGAUGGCAUAAAAUUCAUCUGCAGGGAGAGACUUUUUCUCCGUACUAAACUUGAGUGUGAAUUUUUAUCUCUCAGGUCUGUUUAUCACUGCACAUACCUACCUAGUCAGCCUUUGUUCUUAAGGUAUUUUAUUGACAGUUUUGUUUUUGUUUGUUUUUCUUGCCGCUUCUCUUGCUUUCUCCCCGCGUCAUUUUUCUCAUCAACAAACUCUAGAGAUUAAUCUAGAGAUUAAGAAUCGUGUCAGCAGUAGCAUCUUCAAUACAGUGUUUAUGAUUUGCUCUUCCAACUCAGGACUCUGUGCUGCAUGUGCUCAAAAGCGUGUUUAUAUUCCUAAAGAAAACAGGUCAGUUGGAUUCAGAUUUAGCUUUAUCUUUCGGUCAUCUGAUAUGAGCCAGGCACUGGUACGUACCUCAUUUCAGGAGAAGGAUGGCAGGGGGAAAAUUCAGUGACUAUUGAGAGCUUCAUAUCUCUUCCUAGAGAAUGAGCGCUCUGGGGUUUAUGGGAUGGAGCGAAAGGAGAUAACCAAUGUUCCUGGAGUAUUAGUUUUACUCAGAUUUUUAAGUGUGUGUGUGGGGGGUAAGGGGUGGAUAUACUUAGGCAGUUCAAGUGAUAAGGAAUCCUUUUAUACUUAAACAAUCACGGAAAUAUAGAGAAGAAUGCGAAAUAUGCACAAGUGUUGGUGAUAUAACAGAUUUUAUUAGGAUCAUGUAUUAGCAUAAGUGCUUUAGGAUGCACCCUCUGACUUCUAGAUGAGUGCUUUGUGGAAAAGUUUGAGACUCUGAUCCUAGUUGGAGCCAUCUGUCUUCUUUUUUGUAGAUAUUAGAAAUGGAGGUCCCAGAGUUCACAUCCCAAUUCAUCGAUUGUCCUUUUGACCCUGCCACAUUGCCUGCUUCUACUUGCCCUUCAGAAGCUUUGGUGCUGGACCAGGCAUCUAUGUGUAAGCUCAGAUGGUCAAAUGGAGCAGAAAUUGAAUAUCAGUCAUCAUCACAGAAGCGACAUAGUACCAUAGCAAAGUGAGGCUGCGUCAUGAAUGGCUCUCGACCAAGAUAGAACAGCCUUACAGAAAGUGAAGAAGUCUGUAAAAGCAAUAUAUAAUUCUGGUCAAGACCAUGUACAAAAUGAAGAAAACUACGCACAAAUUCUUGAUAAGUUUGGAAGUAAUUUUUUAAGUCGCGACAACCCAGAUCUUGGCACUGCUUUUGUCAAGUUUUCCACUCUUACGAAGGAACUGUCCACACUGCUGAAAAAUCUGCUCCAGGGUCUGAGCCACAAUGUGAUCUUCACCUUGGAUUCUUUGUUAAAAGGAGACUUAAAGGGAGUCAAAGGAGAUCUCAAGAAGCCAUUUGACAAAGCGUGGAAAGAUUAUGAGACAAAGUUUACGAAAAUUGAAAAGGAAAAAAGAGAGCAUGCAAAACAGCACGGGAUGAUCCGCACGGAGAUAACAGGAGCCGAGAUCGCAGAGGAGAUGGAGAAGGAAAGGCGCCUCUUUCAGCUCCAAAUGUGUGAGUAUCUCAUUAAGGUGAAUGAAAUCAAGACCAAAAAGGGUGUGGAUCUGCUGCAGAACCUUAUAAAGUAUUACCACGCACAGUGCAAUUUCUUUCAAGAUGGCUUGAAAACGGCUGAUAAAUUGAAACAGUACAUUGAAAAACUGGCUGCUGAUUUAUAUAAUAUAAAACAGACCCAGGACGAAGAAAAGAAACAGCUGACUGCACUCCGAGACUUAAUCAAAUCCUCUCUCCAGCUUGAUCAGAAGGAAGAUUCGCAGAGCCGGCAAGGAGGAUACAGCAUGCAUCAGCUCCAGGGCAAUAAGGAGUACGGCAGUGAGAAGAAGGGAUACCUGCUGAAGAAAAGCGAUGGGCUCCGGAAAGUGUGGCAGAGAAGGAAGUGUGCUGUCAAGAACGGAAUGCUGACCAUUUCACAUGCCACAUCCAACAGGCAACCAGCUAAAUUGAACCUUCUCACCUGCCAGGUGAAACCAAAUGCAGAGGACAAGAAGUCUUUUGACCUGAUAUCACACAACAGGACGUAUCACUUUCAGGCAGAAGACGAGCAGGAUUAUGUGGCGUGGAUAUCAGUCUUGACGAACAGCAAAGAGGAGGCGCUAACCAUGGCCUUCCGCGGAGAGCAGAGCACAGGCGAGAACAGCCUGGAAGAUCUGACAAAAGCCAUCAUUGAGGACGUCCAGCGGCUCCCUGGGAAUGACGUCUGCUGCGACUGUGGCUCAUCAGAACCUACCUGGCUUUCAACCAACUUGGGUAUUUUGACCUGUAUAGAAUGUUCUGGCAUCCAUAGGGAAAUGGGGGUUCAUAUUUCUCGCAUUCAAUCUUUGGAACUAGAUAAAUUAGGAACUUCUGAACUCUUGCUGGCCAAGAAUGUAGGAAACAAUAGUUUUAAUGAUAUUAUGGAAGCAAACUUACCCAGCCCCUCACCAAAACCCACACCUUCAAGUGAUAUGACUGCACGGAAAGAAUAUAUCACUGCAAAGUAUGUAGAUCAUAGGUUCUCAAGGAAAACCUGCUCGUCUUCAUCGGCUAAACUCAAUGAAUUGCUUGAGGCCAUCAAAUCCAGGGAUUUACUUGCACUAAUUCAAGUCUAUGCAGAGGGGGUAGAGCUCAUGGAACCCCUGCUGGAACCCGGGCAGGAGAUAGGGGAGACAGCCCUUCAUCUUGCAGUCCGAACUGCAGACCAGACAUCUCUCCAUUUGGUUGACUUCCUUGUACAAAACUGCGGGAACCUGGAUAAGCAGACUGCCCUGGGAAACACGGUUCUACACUACUGUAGUAUGUACGGGAAGCCCGAGUGUCUGAAGCUGCUUCUCAGGAGCAAGCCCACUGUGGAUAUUGUCAACCAGGCUGGAGAAACUGCCCUGGACAUAGCAAAGAGACUAAAGGCUACUCAGUGUGAAGAUCUGCUCUCCCAGGCUAAAUCCGGAAAGUUCAAUCCACAUGUCCACGUAGAAUACGAGUGGAAUCUUCGCCAGGAGGAGAUGGAUGAGAGCGAUGAUGAUCUGGAUGACAAACCAAGCCCUGUCAAGAAGGAGCGCUCGCCGCGGCCUCAGAGUUUCUGCCACUCCUCCAGCAUCUCCCCGCAGGACAAGCUGGCCCUGCCAGGGCUCAGCACACCAAGGGACAGGCAGCGGCUCUCUUACAGCGCCUUCACGAACCAGAUCUUUGCCUCCACAAGCACAGACUCUCCCACGUCACCGACUGCAGAGGCUCCUCCACUGCCUCCUAGGAAUGCCGGGAAAGGUCCAACUGGCCCACCUUCAACACUCCCUCUAAGCUCCCAGACCUCUAGUGGCAGCUCCACCCUGUCCAAGAAGAGGCCUCCUCCCCCACCACCCGGACACAAGAGAACCCUAUCCGACCCUCCCAGCCCACUACCUCAUGGGCCCCCAAACAAAGGCGCAGUUGCUUGGGGUAACGAUGUGGGUCCAUCAUCUUCAAGUAAGACGGCGAACAAGUUUGAGGGGCUCUCUCAGCAAUCGAGCACCAGCUCUGCAAAGACUGCCCUUGGUCCAAGAGUUCUUCCGAAACUACCUCAGAAAGUGGCACUAAGGAAGACGGAAACCAGCCAUCAUCUCUCCCUAGACAAAGCCAACGUCCCGCCCGAAAUCUUCCAGAAAUCAUCCCAGUUGGCAGAGUUACCACAGAAGCCACCACCUGGAGACCUGCCCCCAAAGCCCAUGGAACUGGCCCCCAAGCCCCAAAUUGGAGAUUUGCCACCUAAGCCAGGAGAAUUGCCCCCCAAGCCACAACUGGGCGACCUGCCGCCCAAACCCCAACUCUCAGACUUGCCUCCCAAGCCACAGAUGAAGGACCUGCCCCCCAAGCCACAGCUGGGGGACCUGCUGGCAAAAUCCCAGGUGGGAGAGGUCUCACCCAAGGUCCAGCAGCCCUCAGACAUCCCUCAGAAGUCACAGCCUGUGGAUCUCUCCCCAAACGUGCAGUCCAGAGACACCCUCCAAAAGCAAGCAUCUGAAGACUCCAAUGACCUCACACCCACUCUGCCAGAGACGCCCGUACCACUGCCCAGAAAGAUCAAUACGGGGAAAAAUAAAGUGAGGCGCGUGAAGACCAUUUAUGACUGCCAAGCCGACAACGAUGACGAGCUGACGUUCAUCGAGGGUGAGGUGAUCGUCGUCACAGGCGAGGAGGACCAGGAAUGGUGGAUUGGGCACAUCGAAGGACAGCCUGAGAGGAAGGGGGUCUUCCCUGUGUCCUUCGUGCAUAUUCUGUCCGACUAACAGGAAGCAGUCCCUCCCGAUCGUCCACGUCCUCCCCGCAGACCACCGUCUCCAUGCCACCCCAUGCACCACGUGUAUAUAGCUGCUGUUACAGAAUCCGAAACUCACGCCAGGGCCACCUCAGGAGGUGAACGUAGUGUGUGUGUAUAUGUCCUGUGGUAUGCUGCCUUCGCCAGUAUUACGGUAGCCUUGGAACCCGGUGCGCCUUACUGGUUUGCCAAAGCCAUGCUUGGCAUCUAGCACUUACAUCUUUCUCUAUGCUGUUUUACAAGCAAACAAACAGAAGCAGGAGUAUAUGAACUGCUGGCUUUGCAAGUAGAAGUGGUCGCCAGCAACUGUUGAAUGGCCUAGAAUUGACUGUUCCUAACAAUGCAGUAUUCUCAAUUGUGUUACUGAAAAUGCAACAUUAGCAAAGAGGUGAGUUCUGUUUUCCAGGUGAAACUUUGAGCUCCAUAACAGACCAGCCUGUAGUUAUCUGUGUACACAGUUUACAGCUACAAACAAACACCGACUUUGGUAUUUAUUACAGAGGAGUGCUCAGCUCAAAGCAAGUGUUAUUCCUUCAGCAAAAGUCACUGACCCAAAACCCUUGGUGGCAUUUUACAAUGCACACAGCCUCGCGCAGGUGUAGAUGAGCUAUUUCUUCUGUCUUAUGAUGAGUGCCCACCCCGAGAUAUUACCUCAUUAUGCAGAAAUAACAUAUCCUUCAUGACUAUUUUGACAAAAGUUUCAAACACAUCUGAUAAACUUCAACUUUCAGGAACCACGACCGCCAGAAAACAUGAGGCUCUAUUUUAUGCAUGCCUUUAGAAGCUUACCUGAAACCUGCCUUUUAUAAAGGAAUAGUAUGGAUCGGUUGGACUGUACAUUUUUUAAACUUGAUUGCCAUUAAAGCGGAAACUAUGAGGUUGCAA